CCCAGCAUCAGGGUCUUUUCCAGGGAGUCUUCUCUUCUCAUGAGGUGGCCAAAGUACUGGAGUCUCAGCUUCACGAUCUGUCCUUCCAGGGAGCACUCAGGGCUGAUUUCCUUCAGAAUGUGUAGGUUGGAUCUUCUUGCAGUCCAUGGGACUCUCCAGAGUCUCUUCCAGCACCAGAAUUCAAAAGCAUCCAUUCUUUGGCGAUCAGCUUUCUUUAUGGUCCAGCUCUCACUUCCAUACAUCACUACUGGGAAAACCAUAGCUUUUACUAUACGGACCUUUGUUGGCAAGGUGAUGUCUCUGCUUUUUAAGAUGCUGUCUAGGCAUCUACGUUAGAUCUUACUCGUUGUAAACCCCGCAGAAAAUCACGGCAACGCCACUCUGCCAAGCGCGUCUCUCUUUGCAGAGCGCAGUCACUGCAACAUCAGCACCGCCGACCUCUUUUCCCACGCGAUGCCGGUCUUCGGCCGAGAGAGGGCGCCAACGCCUUUCCUUUGCCUGGCGCGCCGCUCUUCGCGCAGGCGCAUUAACCCCUUGUGGGAGCGCUUUCCCCCUCCCCACUCGCGUCACAUUCCCUCGCAUGCGCACUCCAGACCAUUCCUCCCCCUCCGCCGCGGCUUCGAGUCGCGCAUGCGCAAGGCGGCUCCGAGUAGUAAGUAGCGGUUGCUCGCGCAUGCCCAGUUCUUUUCGCCCGGCCGGUCAAGGAGCGAGGCAGAACCGCCGAAAAAGCCGCCGCCUCGUCGGGUGGCAGGGAAGCUCCGCCGGCGCCGGAGCGGCCCAGCCCUCGCGGCGCCUUCCUCUCGGCGGUUCCUGCCGGCCGCUUCUUCCCUGAGGUAACCGGGGACGGAGGCCGGUAAAGGGAACCGGGGCAGGGGGCGGGGCUCCUUGGCAUUUUCUGAGGUGAGGGCGGCGAGCGGGAGAGGAGUGACAGGAGGCUCGUCCAAUGGGGAAGCAGUGCGCGCCGGGCAUGCGCGUCUUCGCCCUCCCUUCUUUGUGAUUGGCUCAGCCCUGGAACGGGGGCGGGGCUGCGCUUUGUCCUAGUUGAAUCGGGGAAAGAUGAAUGGGGAGCGGGGGAGGGGCGCGGGGGAAGGAAGUGGAUGCGGUUACGGGUCAGGGCGGAUGCGAUGCUCUCUGCAAAAGGGGGAAGUGAGACCUUUGAUGCGUUGUGAGUUUUGCAUCUUCCUCCAAAGGGCUGAGAAGGGGCAUAUUGGAUUCACCCCAACUACCUUACAACAACCCUGUGAGGUCGUUUAGGCUGAGAAGCGAUGGCUCCCCACUGAUCUUCAGGACUGGGAUUUCAGUCCUGGUCUCUCAGGAUUGUCGUCUAAUGGUCUCACCCAAGAUCGGACAGCAUUUUUCUUUCUUUUUAUUUUUUAUUUUUUUACCUUUAAGAUAUAUGGUUUUAAAGUAUAUCUUUAUUGAGUUAAAAUAAAUACAUUUUUGGGAAAAUAAACAAAUAAGCAAAAAUACAAUCCAACAAACAAAUAAUAGAAAAGUCAAACAACCACAAUAUAAGAAACAACAAUAUUAAUACUAAUAAUAAUAUUAAUAAUAAUAAUAAAUUUUAUUUAUACCCUGCCCUCCCCAGCCAAGGCCAGGUUCAGGGUGGCUGACAAGCAAUAAUAAAAACAAGUUGAAUGAAUACAACUUGAAAACAAGAUUAAAAUACAACAUUAAAAUAUUGAAAUAUUAAAAUGCAGCCUCAUCACAGGAGGAGAAAGGAAAAAGAAAGAGGGGGAGGGAAUCAAAUUGCCUCCAAGCCAAAGGCCAGGUGGAACAACUCUGUCUUACAGGCCCUGCGGAAAGAAAUCAGAUCCUGAAGGGCCCUGAUCUCAUGAGGCAGAGCGUUCCACCAGGCUGGAGCCAGUGUUGAAAAGGCCCUGGCUCUGGUUGAAGCCGAUCUAACUUCCUUAGGGCCCGGGACCAGUAGGGUGUUGCUAUUUAUGGACCUUGAGGCUCUCCGUUUAGGCUGAGAAACGAUGGCUCCCCACUGAUCUUGAUGACUGGGAUUUCAGUCCUGGUCUCUCAGGAUUGUCGUCUGAUGGUCUCACUUUUUUCUUUCUUUUCUUUUUAUUUAAUUUUUUACCUUUUAAGAUAUAUGGUUUUAAAGUAUAUCUUUAUUGCUUUAAAAUAAAUACAUUUGUGGGAAAACAGACAAACAAACAAAUAAGCAAACACACAAUCAAACAAACAAAUAAUAGAAAAGUCAAACAACCACAAUAUAAGAAACAACAAAAUUAAUAUAACUAACAUCAUUUAUACUCCCGAUACUGAAAGCAAUUAUAAAACUUUUAGAGAAAGAAAUUAAAAAUGACUUUUUUCUUUCUUUAUUAAUGAUGAGGUCUCCAUUCUUGUCAGGCAGUGUUUCUCAGACUUGGGUCCCCCAGCUCUUGUUGGAGUACAAAUCCCACCAUUCCUAACUAGCAGGACCCAGGGAUGAUGGGUGUUUUAGUCCAACCACAGCUGGGGAUCCAAGUUUGAGAAACGCUGCAGAAAUAAUCUGACUUUGGCCAUGCAGAAGCCAAUAGCUGGUGGGACCACUACCCUUUUCGUUCUUGCUGAACAGGUUGCGACACAUCAUUCUGGCCACAGGUCUGACCUGAGCAAGAGGGUGUUGGAAAUUAUGCCUGAGGACCACAGGCUGCUUGCCUGUGCCUUAGCCAGUGCAAUAUACUGACUCAUGUGAACUCAGUAAAUGUGAGGCAGCAGUAGGGUUCAAUGGUGUGCAGUGGUCAGGGAGCUGGUCUUGGACAGCUCUCCCAGAAGGCAGCUUUAGGAAGCUAUCUGGUUUCCUCUCCCUCUGGUUCUCUGGUUUGUUAAGGGAUUAGGCUGAUCGGAAUGGAAUCAUCCUAUACAGACAGCUCUGUCUGGGGAACAGUGUGUAAAAGGAAGGUGUGAGGAGCUGUGAUCUGUGGAGAGCAGAGUGGGGUGCCAGUGUGGGAAGAGGAAGUGGCUUGAGAGGGGGGUGAUUAGGGAUAGGAUAGUGCUAAGGGGUGGACAAGGAUAUGCGAGAGAAAGAAACAGGACAGAGAAAGGACCAGAUGACAUCGUUUGUAAUCUACAGAGUGCCCUGCAAUAAUCAUUUAUUGCAGGUUUUCACCUUGAACCCAUAAUGUUGGUCACUGUUAUACCCAUUUUGUUGACCUAUUGAUAUAGUGCCAUUAGUGUGGAUGGUUUGCUGAAGUCUUCUUAGUGCAGUGGUGGCCAAGCUUGGCCCUCCAGCUGUUUUGGGACUACAAUUCCCAUCAUCCCUGGCCACUGGGAGCUAGGGAUGAUGGGAGUUGUAGUCCCAAAACAGCUGGAGGGCCAAGUUUGGCCACCACUGGGCUAAGGGCAUAGGUUCCCUGAUCUGCACCUGUACACCUAUGAAGCUGCCUUAUAUUGAGCUUAGCUGUGGAACUACACAGCCCUGUGAUGUCUACUCCAAAUGCCAGUGGCUCUUCAACAUCUUUCCCAGCCUUAGGAUCUAGGAUCAUUUUACAGGAGAUGCCAGGGACUGAACAUGUGCCCCUUCCCCAGCUUUCAAUUCUCCAACCAAAAUUCCAGGGAGAAACUGCUUGAAUUUGGGAUUGGAGACAUCAUUGGCAGGGUUGCUCAUCCUAUAGUUGGGACAACAGAGAAUUGCCAGUUCCAGACAUGGGAUCUGAGCACUUUUUGUUGUGCCCCUUGGCUUUUAAUUCCACCAUAUCUAACGGGGUGAUGAUGCUUUAAGUCACCUGUUGCCAACCUGGUGCCUUCCAGGUAUUUUGGGCUGCAAAUCCCAUCAGCAUGUUGGUCACCAGGUUGGUGAAAGCUGUCUUUGGUAGUGGAACAGGACUUUUCAUAUUGUUGAAAGACUCUGAUACGCCAAAUCAAUACAGUCAUUCCUUGGUUGUCAAACUUAAUCUGAUCCAGGAGUCUGUUCGACUCCCGAAACGGUUCGAAAACCAAGGUGCGGCUUCCAAUUGGCUGCAGGAGCUUCCUGCACUCAGUUGGACGCUGCAGAAGCUGCGUUGGAUGUUCAGCUUCUGAAAAACGUUCACGAACCAGAACACUCGCUUCCGGGUUUGCAGUGUUCGGGAGCCAAAAUGUCCAAGUACCAAGACGUUCAAGAACCAAGGUAUGAUUGUAAAGUGUUUUCAAAUUAAAUUCAUUUAGGCAUAGGAUGGGCAGAAAAAAACAGAUGAAAUGUGGCAUCUCUUCUAAGUAAAAAAUUAAAAAGAGCAGUAAAAGAAGCACAUGGUGAAUGUGGAGAUUUGUGGGUUGGAGAGGGGAUAGUCAGGAUGGAGCUGAAGGAAAGCAAGAAGAAGAAAACCCACAGAAUCAGAAAGUUGGCCCCAGUUUGAUCAGUGAGACUGCUCUUCCUUUUUGCAGGGAAAUUCUAGUGAGGGACACAUGUUUUACACUAGAUGCAGCAGAGAUGCUAGAUGAACCCAUGACAAAGGCAUUAGAAAGAAAUUAUACAUCAUUCUUGAGUGAAUUCACUCUGCCUUCACUCUAGCAACAUUCUUUGCUCUUAAAACCAUAAGAAGGGCCUGACUGCUGGACAUAGCUGUCAACUUUUCCCUUUUCUUGCGAGGAAUCCUAUUCGGAAUAAGGGAAUUUCCCUUAAAAAAAAGGGAAACGUUGACAGCUAUGCUGCUGGAUCAGGCUGAACACCUACUUAGUUCAACACCUUGUUCUCACAGAGGCCCACCAGAUGUCUCUGGGAAGUCCACAAGCAAGACAUGAGGGCAAUGGCUCUCUCUCUUGCUGUUAUUCCCCAGCAACUGCUAUUCAGGGUCAUGCUGUCUCUGACCCUGGAGGUAGCUCACUAGUAGCCAUUGAUAGCCUUAUCCCCCUCUUGAGCCUCACACAGAGUGGGGUAUGCAUGUACAGGAACCAGUGUCCAGAUUGCUUGCAAAACUCAGUUAAAAGUACAGUAUGAAGCUUCUAAUUAGCACUUUUCUAUCCAUCUCAUGUGCAGAUAAGCAGCAUGAGCGCAAGAGUUGCCAAGGCCAAACAAUAACCCUGAAUCUAGUUUUGAGACAGCGCACAAUUGAAACUAGCAGAGAGGUGGGAAAAGAGAAGAAAAAGAGAAAGUGAUAUACCCAUGACCUCUUGAUUUGAGUUUUGGGAAACACGUUCUCACACCCCUGCAGAAAAGAAGUCAUUCUGGCACAUGGGGAACUCUGAUAGAGAACAAGGGGAACCCAAGGCCCAGCAGUUAACUUUUGAGUCUGGUUUUCUUUUCCCUUUCCCCCAAGAUGGGACAGUUCUCAGACAGGGAGUUCAUCCUGCAAGUGAGUGUGUCCAGAGCCAAACCCUUUGCUCUGUGCAUGUUUGGGGAGGAGAGAGAAAAGAAAGAUGCUGAUCUUGCCGAAUUCCAGUAGCCUGCGGGGUGUUUGGCUGAAGGUCCUGAGAAAAUGAUAGAGGGUGGUCUUAAGAGAAGUCUCUCUGUGUGUGUUUGAGUUAGCAGCUCUAACUUUCGAUGAUCUCAUUGUGGAGGACAGGAUGAUUUGCAAUUGGCUAAGGCUUGGAAGACAGGCACACAGGUGCCUCCACACCCUUGAGGCAUGGGACCACUCUACAGUGCUCUUGACAGGAUUGCUUCACAGGUACUGAGUGCCCUCCAGGAGUCUUUUAUUUCAGCCUGCCUGUGUCGCUUUCCCAGCAAAGGAGAGAGGGAGACGGAAAUGUUAAAGAGUACAGCUGCUGGGAGGGAAAUAAAAAAACCCACUUUGUCCAGGGAAAAGGCCACAUAGGGCCUAGCAGUGGAAGUGGCGUGUGUGCUGUAAGGAUCUGGGAAAUAAGGGCUCAGGAAGCUGGGGAAGUUGACCAAGAGCUGAUAGGAGUUGUUUUUAUUGUGGUUCAAAAUAUCUGGAGCGCACCAGGUUAGGGAAUCUUGCUUUAGCCUGGUGAGAAUGAAGGUUUCUCUUCCUUAGUCUGUUGUGUGAAAAUGGCAUUUAGUUAUCUCUCCUUUGAAGAAGCCACUGUCGCACUUCCCCACAUGCGGUACAACCCUACAGAAAGCACUUUCAGGGUUACCAGGAAGCAAAUUCCUGCUGGAUUCAGAAGGGCUCGCUUCCGACUAACCUUUAUUCAGAUGGCACUGUGGGAGAAGAACAUAAAAGAUUGGGGAGAGGGUGUUUUCAGACCCCAUAACCUCCUUGUGAUGGACGCGGAAGGAGUCUAGAUGUGUGCUGGACACAGGCUUGUGCCAUACUGCUAGAGUGAAUGGUAGAAAAAUUGGGAUUUUAACUACAAAACUCCCCUCUCCCACACACGCAAAAAAAAAUCCUGAAUGAAGGCUCAAUUAACAGAAUGGAGAUUUCAUAAUCUGCUGAGCUUUGAUGUUUUUAGGCCUCCUACAAUCUGGGAAUGGGGGCUGGCUGGCUUGAAUGUUUGGCCAGCCCUUAGGAGGCGGGGCGAUGGUGAUGACAAGGCGGGUUGGCCAGUGCCUGGAACUUAUCCCUGCUGCUGCCGCCUCCUCCGCCACAUUCACUGCACAGCGGCUGGCUGGGUUCCUCCUUCCCCCAAGACUUCCCAGAACUGAGCUCGUCCUCCCUCUCCAGGGGGUGAGUACUGCACAAGCUCCUUUUGACACAUCUCCCAGUAGGGGAUAGCCUGGCUAUUGUUGCCCAGCUGGCCUUCUGGGAAGGAGGAAGGGGAUGCUGCUGUGACUGCCCUGCCUCUCCCAGCUCCUGCAAAGGAGGAAAUAGGGUUGGGGUGGGCAGGAGAGAGAGAGAGAGAAUACCACCGACCGGUUGUUAAUACAAAUUCAACAUUAAGUUGGAUCCUUUGCCAUGCCUGGCACAAUUGCAGCCUGCUAUCACCCCCUCUGCCUAGUUCUUCGCAGUCAUUUGCCUUGUGCGUGCCUGAGCUUUCCAAUUUGGGGGAUAUGUCUCAUGCAUGACUCAUUCCCAUAAGUGGGUCUGUUUGUGGUGGGAGUUUGUGCUCAGAAUUCUGCUUUGGAGCUGCAUUAACGGCUGAGGUCUGCUGUGCCUCUGUGCUCGUCAGCUGCAACCCUUUGCAGUUAACGUUUAAGCUAGCGCAGAGUACUUAAGCUAGUAUUUCAGGAAGGCAGAAGGAAACUCUUGCCUUUGACUUUGCUGCCGGAGCAGGCUGCAGGGAGGGAGUGAAAAACGAGCCGCUUUUCCAGUGUAAAAUGGAGAGGCUGUGUAAUCAAAUUCCCCACACCUUUCAGGGUCUUGAAAUCUAAGUCAAAGUGAUCAACCUUGGCUUGAGCACACCUGAAAGCAGCUUCUAAUCCUUCCCUGAAGUUGUUUUAUAAUUAAAAAAAAGCCCAAACUUCUCUCCCCGGUUUACUCUCUGCUUUUGUUUUAGGCUAUUGAGAGACAUUACUGACCAGGGGCAAAAGGUGGCGUCCUGAUUGUUAAUUCCUGGGUCCUUGUUGGGGAGCAAGCAAAUACAGCCGAGAAGCUUCAUCCAGUACUUGUCCCUUUAAAAAAAGCACCAGGAAGUGCUUAGAUCCCGGGGAUGGUGGGAGGUGGAGAUGCAGGGGGAGGGAUCUCUAUGCUUCGCUGCUGCAAGAGCCGCAGCACUCAAUCAAGGUGGCAGGGGGAGCCCUCUUGGGUUUUCAGAACCUUCUUUGCCUGCAUCUUCCCAGCCUGGCAGGCUGCAGGAUCACUCCGGUCAGAGCUGGUUUUGCUUCCAAAGAUUGAUCUCAGAUGUGGCAGAGAGACCACCUGGGUACUGAGUGUCCUGAUCAUGCUGCACAGAAUUUUGGGGGAAAGGACCUCACAGGCAGCACCUGAGCCCCGGUAAAACAUCUGUUGGGGGGUGAACCCUGUGCAUGAGAUUUGGGACCAGCUUUAGUGGAAAAGUGAAGUGGCCGGGGGAGGGGAGGAGUUGGCUGUCUAUACAGAUGCUCAUAUGACUAAGUCUGAGGAUGAGCCACAGAGAUGCUCAUGAAUAUUUGACUUUCCCUGAGUAGUAAGGGACUGCUUCUACGUGCAUGCCAGGAAAACAGAGUGGAAGCCUGGUCCUUUUAACAGUUUCGUCUCCUUCUCUCUCUCCUUCUGCUCUUUCUCCCUUGAAGCUCUCUUGCUUGGCAUUCUUCUGGUUGCCAGAAAGAUGGAAAGGAGCAGCAUCCUCGCUCGGUAAACGUGCUGGUUGGCUAGCAUUCUGGACCAUGGACUUACUGAGACACCUUCAGGUGUGAAGAUGUCACGCAAUAACAGGGCGCUCGUGGUAGACUUUGUUUCCUACAAGCUGUCAGAGAGGGGCCACAGCUGGGAUGAGCUGGAGGAGGACAGCGAGAACAGGACUGAGUUGAGAGACGAGAUGGACAGCGUCCCCAAUGGGAGUCCGUCUUGGCAUCAAAGUACCAGCCCGGUCGUAAAUGGGGCUACUGGACACCCCAGCAUCCUCAGUGAUCUUGAAGACAGCCCGAGGUUGGACGUGAGGCAGACGCUAAGAGAGGCAGGCGAUGAGUUUGAACUGAGGUACCGGAGAGCUUUCAGUGACCUCACAUCCCAGCUCCACAUCACCCCUGGCACAGCAUACCAGAGCUUUGAGCAGGUGGUGAAUGAACUUUUCCGGGACGGGGUGAACUGGGGGAGGAUUGUGGCAUUUUUCUCCUUCGGAGGGGCCCUGUGCGUGGAGAGCGUCGACAAGGAGAUGCGAGUGCUGGUGGGACGGAUUGUCAGCUGGAUGACCACUUACCUGACGGACCACCUGGACCCGUGGAUCCAAGAAAAUGGCGGCUGGGUAAGCAGUUGGCAAAGGGUGGUAGUGGUGGGAAGGGCACCUUCGUAGUUUUAAGUAUGAAACAGGCCAGUUUAUAUUUCUAGCAGCAUCAGAGGCAGAACUUGAGGAUGCUGGUGGGCUGGAGCUAAUCGAAGCUGUAGUCCAAAACAUGUGGAGGGCACCAGUUGAGGAAAGGCGCCAAGUGCCUUCUCCAGCAAGGUGCCAAUGCAACAUUGGAUAACCAGAAGCUGGAAAUGGCCACCAAGGGCUGAAAUAUUGUAUCUUUGUUCCAUGCUAUUUCACACUUCCUGAUGGAUAUUAGGUUUCCUGUUCUUUCUCCCCUGCACUGCCAAGUAUUAUAGACACACAUGGUACCAAGGGCUCUUUCCUCAGCUGUGUAGUUGGAUAGGUACUAGCCACCGUCUUUCCUUUUCUCGUUCAGGCUGGCUUGGUUCAGGUCACCCACAGGCCUGCCUCUGAAUCCUGUUGUUCACUAGAGCAUUUCAUAGCCCACUAAUCAAAGCCUCAAAGGUACUUUCCAUUUCUUUUCUAGUUUAUUAUCCCCUUAUUAUAUAUCUAUUUAUACCCCACCUGUACCCUGACAGGGGCUGAAGGCUGCUUUCAGAUAAAAUGUACCACCCUGGGUCUUCUUCAUUUUUAGGGGUCAAAGCUAAUCUUUGGAACCUGGGGUGAGCCUUGAGGUUAAGGAAGAGGUUGGUUGACAUUUUGCCUACCCUGCUGUCUGGCAUGAUUGAGGUGCAUUUCCAGGGCACAGGUACCCAGUGAAGGGGUGAUGAGACAACUGCUGGUCAUGACUAGACUCAAACCUGUAUUUUUCCUCUUCCCUUAACCCCAACUGUGGAUAAAUAGACUGUUUGUGUUGCCACACAUAAUCACCUUCCCAGGGAGUGCAGUUUGGUGCAUGGCCAAUGUGCUUGCCCCAAGCAUGAAUGUGCUAUGGAAAAGGUUAGGUCAUGGGAUUUGCCAGCAGCUAGUGUGGCUCUGGGUGUGGCCUUGCAUAAGUGUCUGGCAACUCCCUGGUGUUUUUCCUUUGCUUGACAGGAAGACCCUGUACAGUGAUUGUGACACCCAGAAUGUGCAAUUGGUAGAGAGACAUGGGUUAACUGCUGCAAAUCAGUGCUGACUUAGGAAGCUCUCAUACCACUCAGGAGCUCGUGCUUUGUUGGAACACUCCAAACAAAUUCCUGACAUUCAUCAUGGGUGAAAAAUUAGUUUUAUCUUUCCUUGUAAACAGGCCAGCCUUAUUUCCUAAGGUAAAGGUAAAGGGACCCCUGACCAUUAGGUCCAGUAAUGGCUGACUUUGGGGUUGUGGCGCUCAUAUCACUUUAUUGGCCGAGGGAGCCGGCGUACAGCUUCCGGGUCAUAUUUCCUGGUUCCCCCCAAAAGUUUUACUAGCCAGGCUGCCUGCAUGUACCUGCGCAGAGUAGGGCAGUCUGAACAAUGGGCCUAGCAAUUAGUGACCAAGUUGGAGCCUGGGCAUAUGGGCAAGUGGCUAACAGCAAGGCUGCUUUUAACUCCAGGGCGGUUGCAUUAUGUUAAAGUAGGGGUGGGUCACUGGAGGCUCAGUCAGACUCCCCAUCUGGACCCCUUGCAUACCCUCCCCCAGCCCUCUUUAUUUGUGUCUCAUCUGCUAAGGACACUUUAAUGCCCUCUUCCCCUCGGAGAGUGAUCAGCAGCAGACGCGUUGGCAGAAUCCUCCAGUGACGUCUCUCAGCUGCUCACUCCCAGUAGCUGUGAUGCAGAAUAACGGGAGACCCUUGACCCAGUCUCCGCGGCUGCUCACACCAAGGGGGCCAUUGAGCCCUUUCCCUGCAUCUGGCGGUGAUGCUGGCUCAGUUGAAAAUACAUCCUUGUUAAAAAUCAGCUGCUGGCUGUUUCACUCAAGGUCCCACCUGCUGAAUUGUCUACAUCCUUUGGUUUGAACCUAAACAAAGCUCCUGGUGGGUUAAUGCUCACUUCUUGGGAAUUUACUUUUAAGUACCACUCAAGGCUGUGUGUGGCAGCUCUCAGCUACCCAGAUGUAAAUGCAGCAAGCAAGGGAUAAAACCUAAUGGGCGCAUGGAGUGAAAUCCAGUAUUGGAUGCAGGCUGGAUAGGGUGAGUGUUGAGAAAACUGAGAGACAUGAGGAGGGGGUAUUACUCAGGAAUGCUGGGAAUGCAGUCAUCCUGGGGGCACAACCUGGGGUGUGUCUGCCCAAACUGACCCAACUGGUUCCUCUUCCUCUUAAGGCCAUCUUGGUGGCUGGCCCCAUCUCUUGUUCUCUUCUCUCCUCUUCUCCUGGUUCCCUCCAGCUCCCGAGAUUAGUCCUUGGUCCAAUGGAGAUUUCCAUAUCCCUGUCGCUCUGGUGACGAUUGGGCUGUAUCCUGGAGACCGAGGCGAUAAUGUAAUCUGAUUUUGUAAACGAACUCCCCGGAGGGAUUUAGAUUAAAUCGCUGAUGGAAAGUCACUGGCCCUGGCUUGCUGGGAGGCUGAGAUCCCCCUUCCCCUCCCCCCCAACUCAGCUAAUACCGCCUACUGGGAGUCUUCCCUUUUUUAUGUCUAAGGACAAAUGCAUUGUUUGGGCAAAUAUUUGUUCAGCAUUUGUAGGAGGGGCAGAAUUGCUCUGGGGUGCACACCCACUGGUUCCUGCUGCUCAGAUCUCAACAUUGUUGUCUCCCUAGGUUCUUCACUAUUCUGGUAUUGUUACAUAGUUCUGCUGGUGGAAAUGAAUGGUGCAAGGUGGGGAAGUAGAUAAUGGUGGCCACAGAAAGGUUAUGGACCAUCAUGUCCAUGGGGAUAACUUUUUCUGUACUGCAGAAUAGCUUUCUUUCUUUCUUUCUUUCUUUCUUUCUUUCUUUCUUUCUUUGAUGUUUGUUCCAUGCUUCCUCCAAGGAGCUUAAGUUGUGGCAUGUGGUCCCCUCCUGUUUUAUCCUCACAACCACCUUGUGAGGUAGGUCAAGUUGAGAGAGAGAGAGAGUCAUCCAGUUUCUCCAAUAUCCUAACCACUAAUAAGGUUAGACUCCCAUCACAUAUCAUGGAAUUACUGAGAUCCAGUGGAUCAUAUAAUUGCACCUGGAUCCAGAACUGACAGCUUGAGUCCCCACCCCUAACAUCAACCAACUGGAGAUAGCUUUGAUGGAAAAGAACUAAAUGAAAAGUAAAAUAACAUGUGUGGUCUUGGGCAUGUUGCUCUUGGCCUCUGUUCCUCAUCUGUAAAAAUGGAAUAAUUUUCAUUACCAACCUCGCAGAAUUAUUGCAAGUGAGGCUGCAGUGACUAGAAGGUAUUUGGCAAAUUAAGAACUGGUGAAUGUUGUGGACAGAGGAUUGACUUGGAGCAGGAAGAGCUGGGUUCAGAUCUCUGGAAAUGUGGCUGCUCUCUCUCUCUUUUUCUCCCUGAUGAGUUUGUUAUGAAGUCCAUGCAUUAUUCUUGGCACUCCUGGAAGGAUGCAAAUGCAUCUAUUUCCCAGCAUUUUAUUCCACUUGCUGUUGCUCUCCAAUGUGACCAGGAACCCAAACUCAGGAUGGACUAUAUUGAUAGUAGUGGGCUUGGUUGCCAGGAACUCAGUUCACCAGGGCUGGGGAGGAGGUUUGGUCCCCUGCUUCAUGUUGUCUUAGUAUAUACCCCUUAAUUUUAUAAAUGGUUGCUUGCCCUGGGAAAAAGUCACAUCAAUAAGACUGUUGAAGGGAGAACAACGCAGCCGUCCCCCCUGGCCCUGAGUGGGCUGGCUUGUGUGAUGACUGGGAGCUUCCAGUAAGCAGCCAAGUACACAGUCCUCCAGUCAUCAUGGCAGGCAUUUUUCUGGUAGCAAUCAGUAGCAAUAAACUGUCAUGCUCUAGAGUGACCGAGAAACAGAUGGCAGGACUGUGCAGUUAGAAGAUUUGAGUCUUAAUUAUUGAGGGAUGCGUUUGCAGGGGGUUGGCCUAGAUGGCCAUUGGAGUGCCUUCCAGCUCUACAACUCUGUGAUUCUGUCCCUGACAGUGAUCUCACAGAAGGGUCAGUAGCGUCUCCAUGCAGAUUGCACACAGGUGCGCUUUUCUUACUUGCUCAUUUCUUUGCAGUAUACAAGCCCCCUUCCUACCCACAAGCCUCCUGUCUGAAUGAGGGGCGUUUUGCUAACAGUAACAGAAGCGGCUGGAUUGGCCUUGUGCUAACUUUCUGAUUGUGCUUGCAGCCUGGAAAAUCUCUGGGCUCGAGAGGUGAGCUCUGUCUCUCCCCCCCCCCUUCACACUGGCCCUGAACUGGCUGCCCUGUUGUAAGCCUUCAGCCAAUGUGCACUUCUCUCCCUGCUCUUGCCGUAGCCUUGUUAGCAUGGGAUUAGCACUCUCUUGGGGCCUGGGGAGCAGCCUUUGCCUGGCCCUUUCAAACAAUGCUGUUGUGGAAAGGGCGUAGCUUGCGAGAAAGACCCACAGAGAGGCUUGCAUGUUCUGGCAGGCCUGCCCCUGGCAGGGAGCAGGCUCCGUGUGUUCGUGCGCAUUCCCCAGAGUUGCUCAGCAUUUUAUGUCUUGGAAAGUAUCUUUGGAGAGGGCUUGAGGAGCAGCACACUUCAAAGCGGGUGGGACAAUGCCUUUAUUUGAUCAGUCUUCAGGAGAUGAAAGUUACUCUGGAAAUUUUGUAGAUAAACAGAGGCACAUUGGGAGGGGUGUGUGUGUAAGGUAGCCAGCAAGGGGUCCCCAGUGCUCUCCUGGUCUUUCUCCUCCAUUGCCUUUGCAGACGUCGCAUGAAGCAUUUUUGGCCUUCUUAGUAAGGUGAGGGAGGUGGGAUCCCUUUUGUGCCCAAGGCUGGAUUUUGGUAUGUAUGGAUUUUGGUAUGUAUGGUCUGUUGUCAUGGAUGGGCUGUAGGAGAAGUACAUGGGCAUUGGAGCAGUAAAGCAAGCUAUCUGGCAGGCUUAAAAAGCCUGAGAGGAUGGAUCAAGCCUAGAUCUAGCAACUGGAAAGUGAAGGUGAGGGAACAGUGGUCAGUUCUGGUGUUAACCGUGUGCCCAUGGCCACUACUAGUGUGGUGUAGGGGUUAAACAACCUUUGGACGACAGCGCCCAACAUCGUCAGUCAGCAAGACCAAUCAGUGGUCAGGAACUUUUAAUUUUUUAAUUAAAUUUCCACAUUUCCCUUCAUCCGAAGACCACAGGGCAGUUUACGGUAUAAAAACACAAAGAUACAUACCAUAAUAGCAAAUAAAAACAGUAACCCCACCCCGGUAUCUGUAAUGGGAGCUGUCAUGUGGAGGGCACCAGCUUGAGGAAAGGCUGGGUUUAGAGGAUUGGACUAGGAAUGCAAGACAAAUUGGCUCCCAUGGUCUGGAAGGUGCAUUUUUCAUGCAGUGGGUUCCAAACUGGAACAUACCAAGCCGCCUCUUGGUCAUUAUGAAGAUGAAAUAGGAAGAAAACCACAUUUGCUGCCUUAAGUUGCUUGGAGGAAAGGCAGGAUAUAAAUGUACAAUGCAUAAUUAAAUCUGUGCAGUUAAAACUCAGUUGCCUAUUGUAAGCUCAGUCCUCUAAGGCAACUGGUGUGUGGGCAGAGUGUCUUUUUUUUGGUGCAUAGGUGAUUUUUCUGUUUCCUUUUCAUUGGUAUGUAUGUGGGAAGGUAUGCACAAGGUGUGUCUGUGAUUUCAGGCACUGUAGCAAGAUGAACUCCCAACAUUCACACCUUCUAACCAUAUUCUGCACAACUCGGACUGUUCUGUCAGGAACGUCCAGUUUGUUUAAGGUUGUCACCAGAACCAAUUCAUUUAAUCCUGGCAUGCCGAUUUGGGGAGAAUCCGCAUGCCUGCUUGCCUUUAUGUCUCUCUUGUCAGCCAUGGAGUUGGUCUGCCUGGCACGGAUGUUUGGAGCAUGAAUGCAACUUGUUUGACGGGGCACACCUGUAGCGUUAAGACUCACCAAUUUACAUCACAAUUUUGCAAGUCAAAGAGCUGACUCAUUUGCCAAUAAAAUGCAGCCACUUCUAUUCUGGCACAUGGCAACUGCACACAUCAUGUGUAGCAAUGGUCAUGCUAUGGGUUGAGAAAUCACCACUUGGAUGUUACUGGGAACGGAUCGGCUUGUUAACCCAGGCAGAGUUGCUGGCACUCUGCAAGGUGAUGCCUUGGUGCAGAUUCCUGGAGGUGGGUUCUGCAUCCUGUCCAGUAGGUUCCCCCUUCCACUUCCUCCUUUCAGGUCUUAGCUAGAAAAGAUCCUGGACAUUCAUUACCUGAGAGGCCAGCAGUUUGGUAGUCUUCGUGGCAGCAAAAGAAUCCUAGUUUUACUGUUACCGGUUUCUUCUUCGUUCACCUCAUCAGCUCUUUGGGAAGGUUAACUAUUUUGUUUCUUCAACGGCUUGGAAACUGGGAGCAGGGGUGGGCACAAUAGCCGAGGGCUGACAUUGCUGUUGAUGUCAGGCCGACCCCUGGACAGUAAUAGCAUCAUCUUACAGCUGACGUGUCUGAUUUUGCAAGAGCCGAUAUUCUCACUAGGAGGUGACUUGGAAGCAAACCUCCUAUCAAUUGCAACCAUUCUUAGUGACUGUUUGUCCAAGCUUCUAUUAGCCAUCUGUGCAAGGUUGUUACUGCUAUCUGUGCUGCUCUUGCAAGUCUUCCCUCAGCCCCAUGGACCUUCAGUGCUGAGUAGCAGCUCAGAGCUUUGGUCUCUCUGCAAACUCAGAAUUGUCCUGAUUGAUAUCAUUAUGUGCCUGGACGACAGUGCAGUUUUCAUACAGUGGGUUCCAAAUUUAGAACAUACCAAGUCAGCCCUUGCUAAAGCUCUUCUGUAGACUGAGACUGAACCCCAGAAUUCUGUGCAAUUCUUUUCUUUUGCCCCCCGUCAGCCUCUUUGGGGAGUCUGAGUUUGGUUUCCCAGGAAAACCCAUUUGCCGCUGACUGAGACAGUGGGAAGCCUUAGUCGCCAGCCGCAGGUAAUUGCAGGCAGAAAGAUGGGAUUGUUCAGUCUCUGCUCUCUUCCCAGGUUUGGCAGCCACCCAAGUUGAUUUCGGAAGUGGGAGGGUUUUCUGCCGAGCUCUUCAGGAAAUGCCAAUGGAAUGACUUCCCCCAACCAUUUCCUUUCCCAAAUAGCAUUCCUGCCUCAGAAAAUGUGAAGGAUGGAAAAGAACAUUUACAGACCUUAACUUUUCACCCCCUCACUUUGGUUCUUAGCCUUGGUUUGGGGCCCCUGAUUUUCCUGGGCUAGUUUGUUGAAUUUUUGCACAAAUUAAUUUAUUUUCUGUGUGGACAGAGAGGAGGGUUUGGUGAACGAGAAUGCAUUUAGUUCUGUGAGCCUUGCGAAGGCCUCUCUCUGUCUCUCUCCCUGCGUGUGUUGUCUGUCUGUGUGUGGGGGGAAACCACUGCUAUUAUAGUAUUUAUUAAUUUCUGAAUUGUUUUCCACAAAUAUGUCCCAAGGCAGUUUACAGACAUAUCCUUAAAAACAGCUAAAACAUUUUUAAAAAAACAGCACAAGAACAGCAAAGUAUAGAUUUAAAAGCAACACAAAAUCAACACCUAAGGCAAAGACCUUUCAUCUAGCUGGGAAAACUUGUUGAAACAGAAUGUCUUCAGCAGUUUCCGGAAAAUACAGAUAGUGGGUGCCUAUCUUAUCUUGACAGGAAUACUGAUCCAUAGAACAAGAGCAGCAGCCACCCUGAAAGGCUUGCUCCAAGUCACUGUGGCUUCUGACAUUUUGGGGACUUUAUGGAGGAAAUACGCAGAAGACUGUGACUAAUGGGAUAAGGUGGUAUCUCAAGUGUUCAGUGCAGAGUAGAAUUGCUGCUGCCAGAGACCCCUGACUAAAGAUGGAUUUAGGGCACCAUCCUCUGACUGCCCUCGGCACCCACAGACCCUCUUCAUCCUGAUGAUGCUGACCCUGAACCCAGAAUCCGGGCCCCUGAACGGGGAGCUGCAUCUUGUCUUGGCUGCUGAGACAGGGUGGCUGAUGUGUGCAGGCUCCGGGUUUUCAUUCAGAGAGCAGGAAGCUCUGUGUGCCUGGCACGCCAAGCUGUGCCUCAGAAAGUGACGUAACCCACCGUUAUAUAACAAGGAUGCGAACAUGCUCUGUGAGCCCCGGGGGCACACGGUGGGGGUGGGAGGCAGCCGAUUCACUCUUUUUCCUGUCCUUUUUUUCUUCUCCACUCCAUUGCCCUAAAUUAUUGAGUAAAAUCUGGAAAGCUGCUAGAGCAGACCCUUUUCUCUAAGACGCUGAGAUCACUGCUCUGGAGUUUUUACAUGGGGCUGGGCAAAUUUGGUUAAAAAUCUUAGCAAACAUGCAGGAGAACUGUGAAAUGUGAGUGUGCUGCUCCUGAGAUUGCUGCAGCAGCAGGAAGCAGAAGGUUACCUAGCAUCCAUUAGGGCCUUGCUAGACUUGGGAGUGGAGAGCGACUGGAGCUCAGCCUUUCUGUGUGUGGCUCUGAGCUUUCCACAGCUGAAGAGAACCUCAUAGGUGUGGCUCAAGGGUGGAUUCCAACAUUUCUAUAGUAGCCAUUGGCCAAAAUUGGUUCAGUGACUUCAGUUCCUGACAAACAGUUUGGGGAAGGCCGUAGCACAGUGGUGGAGUAUCUGCUCUGCAUGGAAGAGGUCGCAGGUUCAAUCCACAGCAUCUUGUGGCCAGAUUCCUACAUUUCAGGGGGUUGGGCUAGAUGACCCUCAGGGUCCCUUUUACAGUUCUGUUCUAUGAUUUUUCAGGUAAGGCCAGGAGAGACCCCUGUCUGGAACCCUAGAGAGCAGCUGCCAGCCAGAGAAGACACGCCUGAGUUUGAUGGACUAGUGGCCUCACUCUUUUUAAGGCAGCUCCCAGUGUUUUGCUUCUCUUCCUGAAUAUGAAGCCUUCAUAUCCUGAGUCAAACCAUUGACCACUCUUGCCCAGUAGUGUCCAGUCUCACUUCCAGCUCCUCUUCAGGUCCUUUUAGAAGGGGUUUCUCUCAGCCCUGCUGUCCCCAAGAUCCUUUUUAACUGAAGGGACUGAGCUUGGGACCUUCUAAGUCAUUCAAAGUGUAUGCUGUGUCACUGAACCAUUGCCCCUGCCCCUUUCCCUACUUAACCUGGCUGAUCUCUUCCUGCUCUACAGAGAGUAGAGCAUUCUAAGCCAUCAAGCGUGCAGAGCCACCUUGAACAUUGGAAAGCAGGGUAGAAAUGCCUCAAAUAAAUGAGUAAACCAUUGCAGCACGGUUCCUAGCUAAGGUCAGUGCCCUUCCUUGCAGAAUGGCUACCCUCAGUCCCUUACAAUGAAUCACCAUUGGUCCCGAAUAACAGCAUUUAUAGAGUGCGCUCGAAGCCCUCGGGUUCUUUGUUGUGUACCAUCCUCUCAUAGAAUAUGAGGUUGGUGUGCAGCAAUAUAAAAUCCCAUUUUUAAAAGGCCAUUAAAACAGUACAGAAUUAUCACAGUAAUCCUUACAAGAACCAUGCAAGGCUGGACAAGGCUGCAGAGAGUUGCAGUCCAAGCUUUCCAGAAAGGAGUUUGCGGCUGAUGCUAGACUUGAGCCAGAGACUCCUCAGAUCAUGUUCCUCACUGCUACUGCAGCUCCUUCCAUCAGCUGUCAGAGAAGUCUGAGUCGCUCAGCAGUGUUUUUGACUAGACACGUGUUCACACAAGCAAUCCUCAUGUUUAAAAGAUCCCUAUCUCAUCUGACUGGCAAUAGUCACAUGGGUCAGCUGAGGGAUGGAUGGAACAUAUGCUCUGCAGCUCUUUCCGUAUCGGUUUCCUGCUGGGGUUGGUGUUUAAUGCUGUAGGUUGUCUCAGAAGCAAGUCUGGUCUCCUGAUGGACCUUUGGUCUUGUACCGCUCACGACGUGCCUGGUAGUAAUGCUGUUUGGUGCAAACUCGCCCCCCUGUCCCUUUCUCAGCCUGCACUCUCUUGCACCUCCCCAGCAAUAGCCGCCUUCUCCAAAAAAGAGGCAGUGAGUGGGGCUCUUCUUCGCCAGGCAGAACUGCCUUGGGGUUUUGCCCUCUUGGGUGCUUCUUGUUGUUGUGCUGCUUGGGUUUGGAGCAGGGGGCCGGCCGGUGGGAUGUGUGUUUGCGUUAAAGUUACACUUUGCCGCACAAGCAAAACAGCUGGGGGGGGGGGAGAAGCGCAAAGGGGAUGGCUGCGGGGCAGGGCUGUUAGCUGACAGAUGGUUCCAGCUGGGGGUUAUAGGGAGCAGGUGUGUGGUUCAGGAGGGAGCACUGAAGUGACUCCUCAACCCCACGAGGCUUGCUGGGUUGCUCGCCCGCGACGCCGCAAAGCUGGCUUGACCCAGUUAUUGCGCGGAAAGCGAAGUGCUUUGUGUGUGUGUGUGUGUGUUUUGUAUUUUUAGGCGUUUGACUUAUUUUUAUCCCCUGCUUUUUAUUUUAACUAGAGUGAGCAGAAGAGCAGGCUAGGGAAAGGGAGGACAGCCUCCGGGUAGGAACACCCAGCGCCGCUCUUGCGCGCUGCCUGCUCAUCCGUGCAGAUACACGUGCUUGCUCCCGGGAGCCGGCUCACGUGGACUCCGCCAGCGCCAUCUCUUAGGAUUCCCGUAAUGGGGAGCCGGAGCCACUCUUUGCUGCAGCCUCUCCAGAGAAAGGGGUGUGUGUGUGUGUGUGGAAAAGCAGAUGAGAUGCAGAGGGGAGUUAACCAGGCUGCAGCGCAAGGAUCCCUGGAGGUGUGGGGGGUGUUCAGUGCAGUGUUUUUCCCUUCCGAGGCAUGCAGGGAAUUGCAGCGGUGGCUCGGAUUCAGUGGCACUUUGCACCCUGUGGACUCAGUGUCACCUGGCUCUGGCUUUAACCUUUGUAAGCCUGGAUCCCUUCUGCAGCAGGCACGGCUUAUCGUGGACCACAAGCAAAAGCCAGUUCCUUGUAUGUGGCUUUAUUUCCAUUCUGAAUCUGGUCCACCAAAAGGGCUCCUUGUCGAUAGCAAUUUAAACAUACAGCGCAGUUCUGAGUAUUUAGUCUUGCCUUGUCCCUAAAGACAGUUGCCCCUCCAGUUCUUUUGGACUACAGUUCCCAGCAGCCAUGGCUGGAACAGCUCUGUGAUGCUGGGAGCAACAAAAUUGGAGGGCUCCAGGUUGGCAAAGGCUGCCCUAAGAGCUUAAUGCUGUGUUUGUAUGCUCACUUACCUAAUAAUAAUCCUGCUUGAGCACAGCAGGGCUUACUUCUGAGUAAGCAUGAAUAGGAUUGCACUUUGUGCACAUCUGUUAUAAACCCAGAUCUGUUCAUUUUAUGGGCCUGGAUUAAGCAGGUGUGGUAAGGCAAUGAGGCAUUUUAUCUUGCAGUUUUUAACAGGUUUCCCAGCCCAAACCUUGGGAUGCAGAGAGUUCAGCUAAGUCUCAGGCCUAGGCUUUAGCAAGCCUCUGUUGGAAGGGUGCUCCCCAGUUUUUUGGGCAGGUGGAGCAGUCAUUAAGACAUCCUCUCUAGACUUGUUAUCUCUCUUGGUUGACCUAGUAGAUUGUGAUGGAGAAUAUAUUAAGGAACAGCCAAGAUAUCCGUGAGCCACACAUAGCAGAGAAAUCACACACACAGCCUUGUAUGUACUUUAGGAGGGGAAGCCCCUCUUCUUCCCAACCAGUGUUCUGUGGGCUGAGGAUGACUUCAUGGGCUGAAUCACACUGGAAGUGAUGGCUUCAUGUGGCAUUAACAGGAACUGAGAGUGAGGUCUAAACUCCGAUCACUCUCAGAGGUCCAGUUAAAUCACAUGGUUGCCCAGAAGUGCUUGGGACAAGUUCUUCUGCAAUGAAAAAGAGCCCUUUCAGAGGGUUGUAUAGGGGUGGGAUGAUCUCACAAAGCCCCAUUUCCAUUGACCUUCUUAGGGCAGCUUCUUGGUUUCCUCAUCCACUUUAGGGAAGGGUUGUAGGUGUUCUUUUUUCUCCAGCCCAAGGGCCACAUUUCUUUUGCAACUUUCCGAGGACUAAAUGCCGAAGGUGAGCACAACAACAGAUGUGGCUCUUAACCUCUGUACAGUAGGAUACAAUCCUGUCACACUAAGCCAGAGGUUUCUCUCUGUUCUGCCCACAUACACAGAUCUCUCUGCUCCCCAUCCAGCAUGUGGCACUGUGGUCUAAACCACCGAGCUUCUUGGGAUUGACUAUCAGAAGGUUGGCGGUUCAAAUCCGCACGACGGUGGUGAGCUCCUGUUGCUCUGUUCCAGCUUCUGCCAACUUAGCAGUUCGAAAGCACACCAGUGCAAGUAGAUAAAUAGGUGCCACUGCGGUGGGAAGGUAAAUGGUGUUUCCGUGUGCUCUGGCUUCCGUCAUGGUGUUCCAUUGUGCCAGAAGCAGUUUAAUCUAAGGUUACCAGAUUUUUUUCAAUGAAUCUGGGGACACUUUUCAACUUCCUACUAAAUAGAUGGAUUUUGUCAGGGGACUAAUUUGUAAAUCUGGGGACUGUCCCAGGGAAACGGGAGUGUCUGGUAACCUUAGUUUAAUCAUGCUGGCCACAUGACCUUGGGAAGCUGUCUGUGGACAAACGCCAGCUCCCUCGGCCUGAAGCAAGAUGAGCGCCACACCCCAUAGUCGCCUUUGACUGGACUUAACUGUCCAGGGGUCCUUCACCUUGCUCUCCAUCCAAGCAAGGAAAGAGGCAACAGUGUAAUUGAAGGGGUGUGGCCUAGGGAGAGUCCUAAGGACCAAAGAGAAGCCUGGUGGGCUGCAUUUGACCCCUAGGGCUAGGGUUCCCCACCCCUGCCCUAGAGUUGCAACAACCAGGGGACAUAAGAGCUGGAGUGGGGGGGGGGGGAGGCAAGAUCCCGCACGCCUCUCCCUCUCAAGAUUCCCAAGGCCAAAAGCUCUUUCUGAGCCCAAUGUGCUCAGCUCAGCACUGGCCCUCCUCUCAGCUUCUCUAGGUUAAGGCCUGCAUCUGCCCUAGGCAUUCUGGGCUCAGCUUCCAGACCCACACAAGGCAGCAUUUUGCACUGAAUUAUAGAGAAGAGAGUGUUUGCCAUCUGCUUGUGAACUUACCUCCAGCCUUGAAGCAGCUGGUCUGGGCAGGAAAGGGAGCUCAGCACUGCUUGCAUUGUGCUCAGAUAGCCCAGCUCCUGGUCCGAUCCCAGAACUCUAUAAGACAUUUUCCAGAUCUUUGAGAUCUUUGUCUUCCUGGUGAUCUAAGGCUCCUAAAUGUGGGAAAGUUGCACCCACGUCUUGCUCAGAACAAAAGAAGCUUCUCUUGUGCUUGGAAAUUAAAUGUAGGAGCUGCCUACCCUGAUCAGUCUCUUCCUCCUCCUCUGGGGAAGCAAAGCAGCCUGCGGAAAAAGGACUCCUGUUCAAAGGCACCUCUACAAGGUUCCCAGAGCCCAGGCGGUGCAAGCUGCCAAGGGUUGCUGUUGAAAUGCAAGUAUCGGAUUUCUAGGAAUGACACUGUACUUGACAUUGAGGAAAAUAAAAUUCACUGCCCCAGCAGUCCAGAUUCUGCGCCAAGACAUGAUGAAUUCUCCAAGCCAUCUAAACUGUGGAGAUUGACCAAAUGGGUGAAAUGUCCACUAUUGUGCAUAAGGUUUUGUGGUGUGCUUAUUUGUGGGUAGUGGCAGGGACAUUGAAACCUUGCCCCCCAACCCCUUGAGGAACGUAUUCAGCCACUGCACCCUCGUGCAUCUGCUUCUGAGAUUUCCUCUGACAUUGCCCCACCCCUGUGUACCUUGAACCCAGUACCUUCUGUAGGCUGCCCUGGCCGUGCGAGUGAGUGAGUGAGUGAGUGAGUGAGUGAGCAAGGGGAGCUUGGCAGAGCCAGGCUGAGAUGCCAGUCAUUUUGCUCAUGCUCCUUUUCGGCUUCCGUGUGCCCACAUGCUCGCUUUCCCAAGGAGCUGCACUCACAUGGUAUCUUGCAGCGCCAAAGCGGAAGAAAAUGGCUGGGGGAGGAGGAUUCUGCUUGAUUUGCCUACACCCUUCCCACGGCCAGAUGGUGUGUCGCUGGGAUGCCCAACUUAAGAAGUCCUGGUUCCAACAUGGCAGCUGUGAGCAUCCUGCUGACAAGUUGCAGUGGGCCCACAUUGUGGAAAUGGGCAUGUUCACCAUCUGUAAAAGCUUAAUAUUGGUUGAUUCCAUGGCACUCCAGGGCUGUCACAUGGAAGAUGGAGCAAGCUUGUUUUCUCCUGUUCUGGAGGGUAGGACUUGAAGCAAUGGCUUCAGGUUACAAGAAAGGAGAUUCCAACCAAGCAUCAGGAAGAACCUUCUGGCUGAAAGAGCUGUUCAACAGUGGAGGUUGUGAACCGACCUUCCUUGGAGAUUUUCAAGCAGAGGUUGGAUGGCCAUCUGUUAUGAAUGCUUUAGUUGAGAUUCCUGCAUCGCAGGGGGUUAGGCUAAAUGACUUUUGGGGGUCCCUCCCAAUUCUACAAUUCUAUGAUUCUUUGAUUUACAGAUCUCUCUCUUUCUCUCUUGUGUCCUUGCAACAUGGGCCACCUAGUCUCCAGCCUUUUCAAAUCCAGGACUUAUCAGUAAGCCCAUCCUGCAAGAUAGAAUCCACUUGUACCUUUUUUCCCCGCGGGGAAAGGGUGGUAGAUCAGUGGCAGACCGUUUGUUUCACAUGCAGAAGGUCCCUGGUUCACUCCUCAGCAUCCCAGAUAGGGCUGGGAAUGUCACCCCUCUGGAACCUUGGAGAGUGUAGUGUAGACCAGGUAUGGCCAAACUUGGCCCUCCAGCUGUUUGGGGACUACAACUCCCAUCACCCCUAGCUAACAGGACCAGUGGUCAGGGAUGAUGGGAACUGUAGUUCCAAAACAGCUGGAGGGCCACGUUUGGCCAUGCCUGGUGUAGACAGUCCUGAGCUGGGUGACCAAUAGCUGGACUCACUGUAAGGCAGCCUGUCUUCUUGUCUGCCUCUCCUCCUGUCACUUUUAAACACAAAAGAAAAUGGUGUUGGUAGUGCGCUGGUUUUGCUGGAUAUCCUACAAUGGCAGAAUCCAUGGCAGGUACCCGUUCAUGCUUUUCUUGGAAACUUCAAAGAAGUGACUUUCUUGGCAGUCCAAAGAAUCCUAAAGUUAGGAAGUUCUUCCUUUGCUGUAAACAAAGCCUGUAAUUUCUUGUCCUAUCCUCAGCCCACAGGAUGGGCUGCUAUCUCCCGGCCCCCUCUCCUCCUUUGCAUUGGAAACUGCCAGCUCUGCUCCUCACCACCCGUCGUGAUCUCCUUUGGGGAACCUUGAACACGGAAUUGGACUUUGAGAUGUGGGUUCAAGUACAACCUCCUGCCAUGGGCUGAUUUGUGGGUUUUGUCAAACUGCCGCCUCUUGCCUUCGGUCUCCCAGAGAGUCAGGUAGAAGGAGCAGCAAGCAACCUUGCAGGGCUCUUGGUUUUUUGAGUUGCUACGACAGAAAGGCUGUUAAGCACUCUGCUCACUUUUUGUUUUGUUUUGUUAAAGGAUCCAGACAUUAGAAAUAAUAAGAGGCUUAAGGUGUCUCUGCCUACACAAGGGGAGGUUCUGUGCUUUGCAUGUCACCCUGUCACAUGCAGGUAGGCAUUAUGGAAUAAUGUGCCUCUCCCUUUUGUGCUUGUCGCGGGUGAGGGAGAGGGGAGGGCUCAGACGCCAUAUGUCCAUAAAAGGGGCGGGGGGGGCAAGAAGGGGCAAAGCAAAUGUUUUCCAAAGGGCAUUAACUGGAAUGAUAAAUGGUAACACCACCCCAUCCCCAGCAGGUGCUAAUCUCCAGCUCGACCUACAUGUUCAGCCUUUGUGUCGAAGCCUCUCUCUCCCUUGCCAUCCCACCCCCACACUCACCUACCAGUGUGUCUGCAUUGUCAUAGCACCCAGAAUGUCCUCUGCAAGUUGGGUGCAGUUGUUGUGCAGCUCACUGACAAUCGAUCUCCCCAAACUGCAUUUUUCUUACUUAGCGGUAUUGGCAGUUAUACCUGGGCAUAUUGCUCUGUGGACGGACAGCGGCUUGAUUCCAUGUUUUAUUAUUUAUUAUGCGCAAGCAGCUGAAAUCGUGAACAUUCACAUCAGCAAAGUAAGGGCAUACCAAGGACAGCUCCAUUUUUGAAAACUGCGCCACCCUUUCAACUUGUUUUCUGAAUACUGUCAACUUCCUUUGGGAGACGGUUUUAUAAAAACAGGGCCACCACAGGAAAGGUCCUACUUGCAGUUGGAAGCUGGAGCAGGGCCUCUCCAGUCAGUUCUAUAUCACAAUAGCCUUCCUAGCAGGUACCAGUAAAAAUUUUUUAUUGAAAUAUCCAAGAAAUGAGUUUAUAACCUUAGAAAUGUGACAUUUUGAGGCACAUGGGCACCUUUAGUGUAUUGUGUGUAAUGAUUAAUCUAUCACCUUCUGGACGUAGAUGAAAUAGGGAGCAAACUGGAAGCCGAUGAAUCCUAGAAAUAUAGGGUUAGAAGGGACUCCCGGGGUCAUCUAGUCCAACCCCCUGCAAUGCAGGAAUCUCAGCUAAAGCAUCCAUGACAGAUGGCCAUCCAACCUCUGCUUAAAACCUCCAAGGAAGGAGAGUCUGCUACCUCCUGAGGGAGACCCUUCCACUGUCAAACAGCUCUUACACAGAAAGUUCUUCCUGAUGUUUAGCUGGAAUCUGCUUUCUUGUGACUUGAAUUUGUUGGUUUGGGUCCUACCCUGCCUUCACAUGCAAAGUGUACCCCUUGCUUCAGAUGCUUGUGUGAUCCUCACACCUAGAGUGUGAUUCCUUGUCUUUGCCUACACAAACCAGACAUUUUGGCACAUCUGAAGUGGCUUCUGAGCAACCUGAAUGCGCUGUCUCAGGAAACCAGUUUGACAGGGAGCCUGCUCUGUGCUGGCAGCCCUCUUGUGUCUGGUGUGGGGAGGCACGAGAGGAGUAGCUGUGGCUCCCCCAAAUUCCUUCUAGGUGCCUUAGAACAGGCAUCCCCAAUGUGCGGCCCUCCAGAUGUUUUGGCUUACAACUCCCAUCUUCCCUAGCUAACAGGACCAGUGGUCAGGGAUGGUGGGAAUUGUAGUCCAAAACAUCUGGAGGGCCGAAGGUUGGGGAUGCCUGCCUUAGAACACCCACAGUGGUGUGGAGCCCUAACCCCAAAUGGUGAAGGUUGAACGUUGCCGCCUGGAGCCAAGCUGCUUGCUGGCUUGCACAGGGGGUGGUAGGAAAAGAAAAGUGGGGAGGGGGAGGGUGGGUAGCUUUUAGUGUUUUAACCCUUUGUAGUUUUGCAUCUCUUUCAGCUUAAUUGCCACCACUCAGGGUUUGUUUGCUCUGUGGGUUGCUGAGCCCAGAAUUCCCUCUUUUGUCAUUGAAAUGCACCAGCUGCUCUCAUGUAGGUCAGUCAUUUGCAUAACAGUUUAAACGGAGUCCCAGAAGCAUUCGCACCUGCAGGGCUGGCUCACUGGGGUGUCUCCCCUUUAAUCCUGCUUCUGUUGUAUAUAUGUGAAGGGGGGGAGGAAAUCAUUGCAAGGAGCUGAGCUGAGGAGCCUGUUGAGGUGUGGUAGUCCUUGAAUUUUCCCCAUUAUGAUAUGGGGCGGGCAGCCAGGGUGGGAGAGAAAAAGAGGAUUAUAGGCUGGAAGGAUGUAAUGGUAGACGUACAUAGCACUUUUCCCCUGGCUUUCCCCGAAGUACUUUGUUGCAAUGUUCCUUGCAGCAGCCUUAUAAGGUUGGUCAUCCCGACAUUGCAGGUGGUGACGCCUGGGGCCAAGAGAUGGGGGCUCCCCAAAAACUGGUGCCUGACAUAAUAUUUGAAAUGGUGAUAUCCCAGCUUGUUCUCGUAACUGCCACAUUAAAAGGCGUUUGCAGCUGUAGAUAAUUGGUAGCUGUUGGCCCUUGGCUUUGGGCGAGGGGUAGAGUGGGACCAUUUGGAAGAGGCAAGGGAAACCCUCUCUCUCAAGACACUCUCACGAGAAUAUAGCUGUGGGCCCUGAGAAUACCUUGUCUUUUGGCGUUCCAGGAAGUGCUCUGUUGUCUUCGCCCCACCUCUUUUCUUUCUUUCACCCAGCAGGCUUGUCCCAAAGCAGAGUUGGCUGCCCCCUGGGGCUGCCCUUGUUGCCAGGAUUUUGCCUUGGCAGGGUUUCCGAUUCCACGCCUAGCUGGUAAGCUCUUUGUUAACAAAGGCACAUUGGUUCACAUUUGAAGGAUAAUGAGGAGGGCGGGGAAUGAUUUCAGCUUCCAUGUGGUUAUUCCAGGGCCUGCUGGAAGUAUGGAAGGAGCCUGGUGGGCAGCCAAGACCAUCCCAGCCAAAUCUCUGUCCAAGGGGGCAAGGCCCUUUGAACUUCAGGGCAGUUGUGGGUCAAGCCCCUUGCAUGGAGGCCCACGCCGUGGUACAUCAAACCUUUUGUGACAGAUUCAACAAGGCGUGGGCCACGCCGCCAGGUGCAAAAUCUUUGGAAGAAUUUGGCCCCUGUCCAAUUGCACACCUUUUCCUUUGGGCAGGAAUGUGCUGAAACAAACAGCAUUGACUGGCAGAUUGUACGUUUGCCAGAGCAGGUGAGGCUUUGGAAGGUCUUCUCAUGGCUGGUUGGAUGGGCACCAGAAUACCUCCCGUAGCUGUGGCCGGAGACCAGGGGACACUGAAAAGGAGCCACCCUGAGAAGGAUGGGAUACCAAUAUAACCAAAACACAUAGUGACAACAGUUGUUAGUGUUUAUGAGAGACAGGAAGAGAGUUAUAAACAUUUCCCUAAGCCGUGGAUGGUUCAGGGGGUCUUUUGAUCGUCACAUUUUUCUCUCUUUUGAGCACACUGUUGCAGAGCAGCAAAGAGGCUUCCUGCAUUUGCAAGCGCUCAGUUGCUUUGGAGUUGCCUGUCAUUUGCUGGGUCUUUGAGGAGGGGGGCUGCAGAAAGUCCCCAAGCUUCCUGUGUGUGCUGCUGCCUUGCUUCUGCAAGCUGUCUGAGGCGGAAGCAGGGGUGUCGUCUGUGUUGACAUGCUGAGGCGUGGUGCUCGGACCAGCCUGUUUUCCCUCCUCGGCAGAGAAUGUUCUGUGUGAAAGGCCUUUGGCGUUUGCCUUUGGACUCUGUCCCAUCCUCUCCUGCAGCUUGAACUCCAUUGAUCCUCGAACCUCCCCGAUUGCUCUGAACUGCUGGCACUUCCUUCACUGCGGGAGGGGCUCUUGUUCCUGUGCUACACACCCACUCCACAAAGCCAUCGCACCAGAGCAGGCACCUGCUCCAUGCUACCUGCCCACCCACCUUGCUGACCGAGCCGCAUGCACACAUCCAACACACACCUUGCAGUGCAACACAUCGCUCCAUGCUCUGUUCUGCACACUGAACUCACAUGCCCAGAGACAUGUGAGUACCUGCUCCUCAUUGCCCCUGUCAUAUUGGUGCCAGUUCCCUGAAUGAGGAUUUUCCACUUCAUUUUUGGCCUCAAAGUAUAUAUUUCUUUUUUAAAAAAGUAGUUUGUCCUAUCCCACAAUAAGUAUAUGAAGGAUUUCAGAAGAGCGCUCCUAGAUCAGGCCCAGGAUCCUGCCUCCCACUUUUAUAAAUCUGUGAUUGCAAGUUAAUUAUUGUCCUUGCUGAAAGUGGUUGGGAUUUGAACUCAUGUCUUCUGUAUCUGGUGCCAGCUCUCCAUCCUCUGGACCUCACAGCAGCACAGAUGUGGUUUACACAACUUCAGCCCAUCUUUUCAACCUGGGCUCUUGGAGGAGAAAGUUGAGGAUUGUGAUGAGCAGCAGGAGGUGGAGGAGGAAGGUGCUGCUUUGUGUUUUGUACCAACUUUGCCCUCUCUUUCAUCUGCUUAGCCGUUUUUAUUAUGGCACUUUAACCCCACCCUUUCUCCACAAAGCUUGGGCAGCGUCCCACUCUCGACACUGUGCACUCCAGUUGCAAGGCCGUCUUGAGAUUGGCACACUUCCAUUCUGUGGAGCUCAGGUAGGCCAGCAACUGAAAGACUCCUUGGAGCACUCUGCUGCACCAGAAUCCAUGUGGCUCUCUGCCACGGAGUGAAAAACUCAGUCAUGUGAGCCCACUUAGAAUUGCAGCCUGUUGCAGGACAUCCUGUCCCUUGGCAAGUGAGUGUGCAAAUUGACAUGUGGGUUAGUCACCCUCUGUGUAGCAAGGCAAGCUGUUGCUACCACGAGUCAUUGACUGAGUAACUCAGGAAUUCCAAACAUUUCCUUUCAGAUAAAGGGAAGGGUAGAUGUAACUGGACUUGUCCAGACAAGUCUUGGGUCCUGAAUUCUGGGCUGGAGAAUGCAAAGGUCAAACAGGGGUUCUGCUAGAUUCUGUGGCUUCAGGCUGGCUCAGUUUGAGGACCUAUUGUUGCUAGCCCCACUCUACAUUUUUGGUUUUCAGAAUGUGUUUUGAGAUGUUUGUGUGGACUCAGGAGGUGGCAAAUGGGCUUCAUCCCCAUCUCAGUGGGGCUUAAAUGAACUGCAGUUGUGAUGAACCUCAGAACUGCUUUCUAGAUCACAGCAAGGUCUGAGCAUUGUGCUGAUAACAGCCAGGCAUAAUUUUCUCCCAGCAUGCUCAGCUACAGCAGUAUGUGGGGAUGCCCCUGUCUGGUCUUUAGAACUAAGCAGCUACUGUAAACACUUGUAGCAUCAUCAUAGAACCCUAGAAUUGUAUUGUUGGAAGGGACCAUGAGGGUCAUCUAGUCCAACUCCCUGCAAUGCAGGAAUCCUUUGCCCAACAUGGGGUUCGAACCUUUUGCCCUGAGAUUAAGAUUCUCAUGCUCUACUGAGUGAGCUAUCCCAGACUUUAUUACUCUUUCCAGUACAUAUUAGCAGUGGAUGUGCUUUGGAAUCCUAGAGCAGUAAAGGUACCCAUGGCUGUGCUAGCUUCCCUCCAACUAGUCUCUGCAAAUAAUUAUACACAGCACAACAUUCACACCCCACAGAAAAUGUGGCACAAGCAAAGAGCAGGACAAUUAUGGAAAGGUGCUGAGCACUAGAACUUGUCCAGGUGAAUUCAUGGAUAGCACCUUUAUUGGCACCCCAAAUCUGCCACCUGAGGCAGCCUUCCCAGGUUGUCUCGUGACAAACCACCUCUGUUGGGAAGCGACAUGGGCACAGCAUUACUACCUGUGUUGAAAGUAGCAUUAGUUGAAAGUGGGGCUAAUUGCUUUGCCUCGGCUCUGUACUAUAAAAAUGUACAUGGACUGAAAUGCUACCCCCCUGCUGUGCAUCCUUAUGCAGCUCCUGCCUAAUUUGGCAUGUGGGUGCCUUUUAUUUUUGCACAAACUCCGCUUUAUUGCGGUUGUCCUCAGUGCAUCAUCAGCGUGCGUGCUGCUUUGCAGAAUGACAGUAGAGUGUUGCUUUUCCUGUCGAGGAGUGUGACACGUAAGCCAGCCCUGUCCCCCAUGCUCAGCCUCCCUGGCAUUGCCCAACCUUAUGUGGACAUAAGCCUUAAGGGAGGGAAGAUCAUCACGGAUCCAGGAAAGAGGUGAUGAUGCAAGGGAAAUGCGUUGUAAGACUGGGCCUUCCCUUCCGCCAAACCCACAGAAAAUAGAAUUGGGACAUUGUCUGGUGUGCACAAGGGUUGCCUGCUGCCUGCAUGUUGCCUAGUUUUGAAGCUGGGGGGGGCAUGUCAUUUGCGCAGCUCUGCCCUCCCCAGUCCCUUGAGCUGGCGUCUCUUGAUAGUGCUCUUGGUGGAAGGCGUUUAUCUCCCACUCAGCAAGAGCUCUGUUUCUCAGAAAGAGAACUUUCUUGGAACUUGAUUUCCGCGAGUACCGCCUAGAAUCAAAAACUUGUACAAAGCCAAGCCGGCUGGCUGCUCCCCAGCAUUUUCUUGUGCCUUGAAGUGUUCUGCGUCUGAUCCCCCCUCUUCUUCCCCUCCCAAGCUGCUAAACGUUUUUGACAUUUACCUAGUGCCAACUGUGUGCUAGGCGCUGGGCAGGCCCAUGGAAGUAAUACAGUACUUGCCUAGAGUGAGGAAAGAGGAGCAGUGUGAAGAUGAAGGAAGAAGGCCCCCUGUGCAAACCCUCCCCCAUUAUGCUUGCUAUCUUUCAGCUUGGCUACGUAUCUCCUUUUCAGUGGGUUUUGCUCUCCCCCACUUUGUACAGGAUGCCUCCACUAAGUUCAUUAGACUCCCCAGUCACUAGGACCACCUCACCACUGAUAGUUCAGUAGGAGUCCUUUUCAGCAUCAGGUUCCUCAGGCUGUAGUAGAGGAAGUGAUGGCCGCCAUCAGUUGUGUUGAGAAGGCAACUCCAUCAGGAUAUGCCCCCUGGCAGCAGCCAUUCCAUCAGGCUGCAACAAAGGAAAACACAGCCCCUCUGUUGGCUUGGCUGAGAUCAAGAGCUUUGGGCUUCUCUUCCCCUGAAAUUGUUUUCCAUUCCAACUGGUCAUUUUGAGAACUUGGUAACUAAGAACCAGUGCCUGAGUUAGUUUCUCCUCCUCCUCCUUUUGUGUCAUGUCUUUUAGCUUGUAAGCCAUGGGGUGGGGACAUCUUACUGAUAUGGCGAAAAUCCCCCAAAGAAAUAAACUUCUAAGACUUUGCACUUCUCUGCCUGAAUGAACUGUGGUUUCAGAUAACCUGUAAACAACUCAUUGGUAUGGCAAUAAUCUCUUCACAUGGGAGCUUUCUUCCUGUUGAAGAUUAUUGCAUGGCAAGGCAAACUGCCACAUUUUCAAUGCACACAGAGCAUGAUCACAAGAGUCCACUGUAAAUGAUUCUUAGGCUGAGAGCAUGCACAGGAGCUAGUUGAAAAUGGAAUUUCCUUUUGCUCUUCCCAACUGUUAUCCCCAUCUUUAAGCACCAUCACCUUUAGCUUCCUCUGGGAGCAUAGGAACAUAUAGGAAGCUGCCUUAAACAGAAUCAGGUCGUUGGCUGAAACUGGAAUCUUCUGCAUGCAGAGCAUGUUCUCUUCCACUGGUCUACAACACUUCUCUGAUGGAAGCAAUAUUUUUUGUACUUAUGAGACGAGGCGCUGAAGUAAGCUUGUCAGCAUUAGGUUACUACUGACUAUGUGGAUACAGAAACCCCCUCUUUGAUUCCUUGGCCAGGCAGUGGUUACCCAGUAAUGGCAGCAAAGUUGGCGGGUGCAUGGAAAAAGUUAGAUUGGAGCAGCAGUAGAGUGACAGCUUCCUUGCAGAAGAAUCAGCUCAUGGGAAGAAGCACGGUUGGCCAUGCCAGAGGGCUUUGCACUGCUGCUCUGGUAGUCUUUGCUUUCCAGAGUCAUCAGCUCUGGCCCUGAACUUUCAAGUGAUUCCUUUUUUUGUGUGUGUCCUUCCUCAGGAGCAAGCAGCCAAAGGGUAUUUGGGGUGUGGCAGGUGGGAUGGGUUCUGGAACAAUGGGCUAUUGUUUGAAGGAGAUGCUUCAGAAAAGAAGGGUUUUCCUGGGUCUCCUCCUCCCUCCCUCCCUUUCCUUCCUUUGUCCCACAGACUAUCGACUAUUGGUCCCAAGGAGAACAAAGGACUGGAGCUUCCCUCUCGGAAGCAGAGAUGUCAGUGUAUGGGGAGCUGGUGUGGGGAGGGGCUUGUUGGGAUGCAGGGUGCAGAAGGGCCUUGCAAGCCCAGUCAGGGAACAGAGAAGAAGGUGCCUCUACAAAAAGGAGCUGGAUGUGUCCUUGAAGAGUCACCCUCUUGGUCAGUAGCAACAGCAACUAAAAGGCAAAGAGGGGCACCUGGGAGGCAAACUGCUUUGUUCUGGCGGGAUCAGCUGAUGCAGAGGAACGGCCUUUGCGUGAGGACCCAUUCAUUUCCCCACUGCUUAACCUGAACGCGCAGGAGAUUUUUAUUUGUAUCACAAGGCAGAGCUCUUUUGUGGACUACGCCUGAGGCAGAAAGCAAACAAACAAAGCAAAAUUUAAGUAGCCAAGCUGUUACAGAUAUUUUGCUUCCCCCCAAAAAAACUCCUGGGAUCUUUUUUGUGUGCAUGCGGGCAUACCUGCCAAAGUAACAGGCAUGGGGUAGGAUACGAAACACUGAAGCAUAGCGUGAAUGGCAUGUCUGUCACAGUUGGGUGGUGAUGCAGAUUCUAGCAGUGCGGGACGCUCCCAUCGGAGAAAAGCCCUGCCUUUGAAAGUACAGUAAGGUGGCCAUCGCAGGGCAGAGGGGGUUGGUGGAGACGCCAGUGAAAUUCACCAGGCUAAGGCCCUGAAAUAAGCUUCAGGGGAUUGGUGAUGCUUCUCUGAAAGGGAGUGGCAAGCGCUGGAAACUCCUGAAUUCUACUCUGGCGCAAAUAAAGUUCCAAGCCAGAGUAAACUUCCCAGCUUGAGCCCCCUGCAGGGACACAGUUUUGCUCCAUAGCAGCAGUUUCCCAGGUUGCAACACGCAGAGGAGGGGAGAUGCUUCUCUAUUGCUUAUAUCAGAUGCAGUUUCAAACCAAUACUUUUUAGCCCCGGAACAAUUCCACCAACGGUGGAUAAAAUCUGCUGUAUCUGUUCCGUAUUUCAAGCAUCUUGUCCUUUCUUCCUGUCAUAUAUAUAUUCUAGAUAUCUGAGAUGACAUUAGAUACCACACCACCCAAAGUUUAAUUGCAUCUCUCCGUGUUAAUAAUGCAGUAUAUUUAGAGAAAAAAAUCCAGAUAUCCUUUGGGAUUAAUGUCCCAGUAAUCUUUUCCCUUUCUGUGUCCUAGGCCCAUAUAUAUUUGGGAAUUUUUUGUCCCUUUUUGCCAUAUUAAUUUUUCAAAAUUAUUUAACUGCCUUAAUCCUUCUUUUGAAUUCACAUCCAGCGAUUUUUCAAAGGUCUUUAAUCCGAAAAUACUAAAUAAUAUAAAUUCUGUAUUGCCUAAACCAGGCACCCCCAAACUUGGCCCUCCAGAUGUUUUGGGACUACAACUCCCAUCACCCCUAGCUAACAGGACCAGUGGUCAGGGAUGAUGGGAAGUGUAGUCCCAAAACAUCCGGAAGGCUGAGUUUGGGGAUGCCUGGCUUAAACCUUCCUUCGUUUGAUUUGUGGACUUUAUCUGAUUGUCGACAAUCCAAUCAGCAAAUUUUCCCCAAACCUCCUUUAUGCCAGUUGGCAAAUCAUUCUAUAGUCUCACUUUUCUUAAAUUGUGGUUGAAAUAGUACGGCUGCAGUUGGUGGUGUUGAUGGAGACCUUUUCUUUUUGAAUUCAUCCCAUAUCCUUUGUUUUGUUCAAAAGAGUCUUGUGCAUGGGAACCAGAGAAAGAUAAGCUUUUGGUCCAGCCCAGCCGUAGUCUUAGGUUAGUUUUACCUGGUUCAUGAAUGGUUGUGGCCAGUCUCAUUUUGAUAAAAUGCUUGGGUCUCUGAACCCAAAUAUCAAAGGUUAAUAAGUCUUCUGAAGCUGUUUAUUUAUUUCCAUCCAGUCACUUUGUCUGUUCAUCAAGCUUAUUUUUAUUUUAAAAAAUAAUUAUAAUAAUGGCGGGUUAUUGUUUUUAUUUUUAUGGUAUGUAUUUUUGUGUUUUUAUAUUGUAGACCACCCUGUGAUCCUCGGUUGAAGGGUGGUAUAGAAAUUUAAUAAAUCAUAAUAAUAAAGUUACAUGUUUUGGCCGCAUUUGACUGUCCUAUCCUUAUUCCAUCCAUGAUGUCCAGGAAAGCCAGCAAUAAUCCUUGCUGUUGUGGGAAGCCAUCAGAGCCUGCACAGGUAUUUGGAGAGGUGGAUGUGUAAUGUUAGACUCAGUUGACAUGGGGCACAUGUCUGUCUAAUCAUAGGUAUUUCCAAAAAAACGUUUCCUUGGCUGCUCAUACACAAUGAUCUUCUGACGUAAAGCAUAUGGUAUAACUCUUGAGUCAGCUUCUUCCGGAUUUCGGCGAAGUGCUUUCUUCUUUUAUUGGAAAAUAGCCACUUUACUAUGAAACAUGCACUUCCCUUCCUUCCUGAUUGGCUGAAGCAUUGUUUUGGUCAUCACUUAUGAUGACAUCAGACAUUUUGCUUCCUGUUGAUAUCAUUUGUGGCAGUUGGGAAAUGUCAUAAGAAGUCUACUCUGAGAACCUAUGAAUGUAGACUGGUCAUUUUUCAUAUAUUCCUUUCAGGUGCCUUUAAUAUGUAUUUUGACAGGGUUACAUCAGUCUUUUGGCAUCCUUCCACUAUUUCUUCAGAAAUUAACUUGAUGAGUUCAGAGGAAGUUGCAGGGAACUUCACAAUUCCUUGUAAUUUUAGCCACAAGGUCUACAGUGAGAGCACUUACGUAUGACCCUGGGGUAACGGUCCUUUGUGGUGUAAUAAAUGCAUUGUGGGGUCUGUGUGUGUGUGUGUGUGUGUGUGUGUGUGUGUGUUUGAAUGUCAGCAUAUGUCAAAUUUUAAGAAACCAACCCUAACAAACAGGUAUUGCAUUCUUUAUCAGUCACUUCUGUCACAUGUGUUUGCGACCCAGAUGAUUUAUGGAUCUUAUUUUCUCUCUGAAGAUAUUUUGUUCUUUCCCACAAAAGGCUGUGUCAGGUGGCCAAAUGGCAUUAAGAUUUGGAUCCAGCACCCCAAAAUCUGUAAGAGAGGAUGGGUCACAUUAAUUGACCCCAAAUAAUUUCAGGAUAGGUGUUAUUCCUGGCUUUAUCAUUAGAAUUUUCCAGUUACUCUCCACUUUGCUUAAUUAGAGACAGGGUGGAUUGGUUUAAAUCAGCAAGAAGAAAGAGGCAAUUUAAAUCAUUUAUUUAAAACAAGUUCCCCUUUGAUACUUCUUUGUUCUUGAAAUAAUAGUGCAAAUCUGACCCCUAAACCAUGUUAAAGUAGUUAUACUUGUUUUAUUCUUAUAGCCAGGCCUUCUUUAUUUUAGUUGUACUUGCUUUCCAUAUAUAUAUAUAUAUAUAUAUAUAUAUAUAUAUAUAUAUACAUAUACCUGUAGAGGGAAUAUGUUUAAAUUCUAGUUUUAUCAGCAGAGGAGGCACAUUCCAUUGUCUUUCAGGACAAAUGGAUGCUAACAACAAGCAGCACCCAUGACAGUUUGCAAAGUUGAUAGCUGGAUCCCAUACAUGUUUACUCAAAAGUAAGUCCCCUUGAGUUCAGUGGGGCUUCUUCUCCCAUAUUAGGCUGCAGUCCUAUACCUGCUUAAGUAUGAGAAUAUGGAAACAUGCACAAUUUUGUCUUCCAUUCUUAUUUCCAGUGUUGCUCCUUACUGCUUCUCGGCCCACCUUCUCUCUCACACACACACUCAACCAGAAAGUUGCAAAAAAUAAAUAAAAAUGAAGUGACCAUGACUGACAACUCAAAGUAGGGCUGCCAGGUGUACAAAAGCAGUUGGCUUUGAUCAGGUGAAGAUGGAUUGCCUGCAUCUGGUAGGUGGAGUUUAAAUAUAUUGAUACCUUGGUUUAAGUACUUAAUUCGUUCCGGAGGUCUGUUCUUAACCUGAAACUGCUCUUAACCUGAAGCACCACUUUAGCUAAUGGGGCCUCCUGCUGCUGCCGCACCGCCGGAGCACGAUUUCUGUUCUCAUCCUGAAGCAAAGUUCUUAACCUGAAGCACUAUUUCUGGGUUAGCGGAGUCUGUAACCUGAAGCGUAUGUAACCUGAAGUGUAUGUAAUCCGAGGUACCACUGUACUCAUAUUUGAGAAAUGAUCAGAUUCAUUUGUUAGAAAAAGCCUCCUUAGUUUCCAGUUUCAAUUCAAAGUGCUGCUUUUGACCUAUUAAACCUUAUGCAGCUCAGGACCCCGAUACUACAAGGACCGCCUCUACUCACAUGAAGCAACUCGGGCCCCACAGUCAUAAUCUGAGCCCCUUUGUUGUAGGCCCCCUCCAAGGGAUGUGCAGAGGAUGGUGACUUUUCAGUGGUGGCUCCCCAAAUACCGGUUGAUGGGAAUCACUAGUGGGGAGAGUGCUGUUGUGCUCAGGUCCUGCAUGCAGGCUUCUCUUUAGGGCAUCUGGUUGGCCAUUGUGAGAGCAGGAUGCUGCGCCAGGCGAGUCCCCGUUGGCCUGAUCCAGAAGCCAGGCUCUCCUUGGCCACCUUGCCCAGAGUUUCUGUGCCCCUGCUGCAGAGAGGGGAACCACGAGUGUGAUGCAGUGACAUCACAUAGGUUUUGUGUAUUUCUAGAUGAAGGUGGGAGGGCAAGAGCAAGAUGGUGGGGUGCUUGUCGCGAGGGCAGCCCCACAGUCUGAUGCGCAGCACAAGACAGCCUGCCUUGCUUUCCGUUUCCCUCUUCAAUACAGCACGAUUCUAUCCAGAGGGCUCUCCGGCCCCAGCAUCUGUCUUCUGCAGGGAAAGCAUCUCUCUGCCUGCCUGAAACCUAAGCAUUGCUGACAUCCCGCUUUCUCCUCCCCCCUCCCCAGCCUGUACUCUGCAAACGUGCAGCCCUGCAUGUCUUGCCGCUUUGCAGACAUCGUGCCACGCUUUUGGUCCCUGCCUGGAAACUGGUCCCGGGCUAGAAACACGAGAGCCGUACCUGCACCCCUCAGCAUCUUGGGUGUUAGGGGGUUGCGGAGGCUUCUGCUCUCACUGUAAACGCAAUCAGGGUUGAGUCCCCAGGUUGCAAGCAUGCCUUGUGGGGAAAGGGAUCUCUUAGCCUUUGCAGGCUGCGCUGACCAGUUCUGCUGGAUCUCUCAGCGGCGUUUGAUACCAUCGACCAUAACAUCCUUCUGGACCGUCUUGAGGGGCUGGGAGCUGGGGGCACUGUCAUACAGUGGUUCCGCUCCUUUCUCCUGGGCCGUGUUCAGAAAGUGGUGGGGGGAUGAGUGUUCAGACCCCUGGGCUCUCACUUGUGGGGUGCCUCAGGGUUCUGUCCUCUCCCCCAUGCUUUUCAACAUCUAUAUGCAGCCGCUGGGAGAGAUCAUCAGGGGGUUUGGGCUGGGUGUUCAUCAGUAUGCGGAUGAUACCCAGCUCUACCUCUCUUUCAAAUCAGAACCAGUGAAGGCAGUGAAGGUCCUAUGUGAGUGCCUGGAGGCGGUUGGAGGUUGGAUGGUGGCUAACAGAUUGAGGUUGAAUCCUGACAAGACAGAAGUACUGUUUUGGGGGACAGGAGGCGGGCAGGUGUGGAGGAUUCCCUGGUCCUGAAUGGGGUAACUGUGCCCCUGAAGGACCAGGUGCGCAGCCUGGGAGUCAUUUUGGACUCGCAGCUGUCCAUGGAGGCACAGGUCAAAUCUGUGUCCAGGACAGCUGUUUACCAGCUCCAUCUGGUACGCAGGCUGAGACCCUAUCUGCCUGAGGACUGCCUCGCCAGAGUGGUGCAUGCUCUGGUUAUCUCCCGCUUGGACUACUGCAAUGCGCUCUACGUGGGGCUACCUUCGAAGGUGACCCAGAAACUACAACUAAUCCAGAACGCGGCAGCUAGACUGGUGACUGGGAGCGGCCGCCGAGACCACAUAACACCGGUCUUAAAAGACCUACAUUGGCUCCCAGAACGUUUCCGAGCACAAUUCAAAGUAUUGGUGUUGACCUUUAAAGCCCUAAACGGCCUCGGCCCAGUAUAUCUGAAGGAGCGUCUCCACCCCCAUCGUUCUGCCCGUACACUGAGGUCCAGCGCCGAGGGCCUUCUGGCGGUUCCCUCAUUGCGAGAUGCAAAGCUACAGGGAACCAGGCAGAGGGCCUUCUCGGUAGUGGCGCCCGCCCUGUGGAAUGCCUUCCCUUCAGAUGUCAAAGCAAUCAACAAUUACCUGACAUUCAGAAGACAUCUUAAGGCAGCCCUGUUCAGGGAAGUUUUUAAUGUGUGAUUUUAGUGUAAUUUUGGUUUCUAUGGAAGCCACCCAGAGUGGCUGGGGAAACCCAGCCAGAUGGGCGGGGUACAAAUAAUAAAUUAUUAUUAUUAUUAUUAUUAUUAUUAUUAUUACCAGAACUGAUGGGAGUUGUAGUCCAGAACAUCUGGAUGGCACCAGGCUAGUGGGUGGGGAGGGAGGCUGCUUUAUAUGGGUGGGAAUGGUAUCUCAGCUCUGUGUACACACUCUGUGUGAGUGUGGGCAGAGUAAGAUCGGAAGAGAAGAGUCAGGAUAUCUGCUUCAAAAGUGCCGUCCCGGUUUGCUCAGUGGUCAGUUUGAUCGUAUGUAAGCUGCUCUGGGAGACUUUUUGGCUGAAGAGUGGGAUGCAAAUGCUCACAUGUUACUGCAGCUCGCUUCCCACAGGAGCACCUGCAACAUUGGCCAAGGUGCAAAGGGCAGGGUGGGGGGAAUACUUAUAGAAGACCAUCUGCUUGUCCCCUUUUAUGAUCUGAAAAAUCACAGGAUGCACAAACAGCUGUGCAGCACCUAUACCAGCUCAGCUGUGUUGUAAGCGCUUUCUGGAGCUACAGAAGAAGAUGGAGGUACAGAUUGUGCCUCUUAAAUCAGAACCCAGGAGUGUUAUAUGGUGAACUGAUCUUCACAACAGCCCAAAGGGGUAGUUUGCUGCUCUCUCCUUAGAGGUCUGAGGCUGAGAGAUAAUGAUUUGCCCUAGACGAAUCCCCGCAAUGGGGUCAGCUCCAGUUGCCCGGUCCCAGCUCUUGCCAGCCUAGCAGUUUGAAAGCACGUCAAAGUACAAGUAGAUAAAUAGUUACCGCUCUGGUGGGAAGGUAAAUUGUGUUUCUGUCUGCUGCUCUGGUUUUGCCAGAAGCGGCUUAGUCAUGCUGGCCACAUGACCCGGAAAAACUGUCUGUGGACAAAUGCCGGCUCCCUCAGCCAGUAAAGCGAGAUGAGCGCCGCAACCCCAGAGUCGUUUGUGACUGGACUUAACUGGCAGGGGUCCUUUACCUUUACCUUUACCUUUACCUUUACCUUUACCUAAGUAUCCACCUAAGAUGUCUUUUCAGUGCAGGGAUGUUGGAAGAUUCAGGACAGAGGAAUAUUUCUUCAAGUACGGCAUAGUCAAACUAUGGCACUCCCUCCCACAGGAGACAAGUGUCAGCGACAAUCCUGGAUGGCUUUAAAAGAGGAUCAGAUACAUUUAUGGAGUAAGGCAGGGCCAUUGAUAGCUAUUAGCCAGAAUGGCUGUGAUCUGCCCACACUGUUGAAGCCCUUGUUCUUAUCCUGCAAAGCAGUUCUUAGCUUCUGUUCCUCUGCUCCUCACCAGCAAAACUGCAAUGGUAGUGCUUUAUUUUACUAAACUGCUGUCAAUGGGAGCCUUAUUAAAACAGCAGCAUGUGCAUGAAAGCAUCAUGCACAUGAUAAAAGAGAAGCGCAGAGUCCUGUCAUUUCCAGGCUCACUCUGGGCUUAGGGGGCUUUUGAGUGUCAUGCAACACCAUAGACACAGCUCUUUUCAGACCUCCUCGUGCCAAAUGGAGACCUGGCAACCUGAGGCAGAUGGCCAGAGCAGCACAUGGGCACAGGCAGGGCUGGCAUCAGUUGGGGCUCCCUGCAGCCACUCUUGCUUGAGUCAGAUUGCUGAAAGUGCAGACCCCCAUGACUUGGCCUGGCAACGCUUGAGGAACCGGCGCUGUGACCGGUGAUGAGGUGGAAGAGGGCCCAAAUUGGAUCUGGGGGAUUACAGCAAGCUGGACUGGAGGUGGGAAGUGCUACAAAAGAGCCCUGUUGCAUCAGGCAUCUACCUGCCCCAGUAUCCUGCUUUUCAUAGUAGCUAACCAGGUGCCCCUAGCAGGCUCACAAAUGUUGCAAGCAGCCUAUAGGCCUCUGCUGUGGUUUGUGCCCAGCAUCUGGUAGCCGGUUUCUGAGUGUGGAGGCUCCAUUUCCCUAUCAUGGCUACCAGCUGUUGAAAGACCUGGCUUCCACAAACCUUCCUAGCUGAGAGCUAGUUCCCUCCAGAUGUUUUGAAGCACAACUCCAGUCGGUCUCAGCAAGCACAGGUGUAGGACGUUGCGACCAGUGGUCAUCCAAAAUCUCUGGAGCACACCAGGUUGGAGAAUUUAGGCCUAGCCUUUCCCCCCAAACCACCUCACCUAGUUAUUGGUCAUCAUGACCUCUUGUGCACAAGUUAAUUAUUUCUUUGGACUAUUCUGAAUCUCCUGUCAGUCGGCUUCAUUGGAUAACUCCCAGUUCUAGUACUAUUUGAGUUUCAAACUUUUCUUUUUGCUGUUUUUAUUGUGCAUGACCUUGAUAUGACAGUGUAGAAGGCAAUAACUAAAUUGUUGCUGAUGCUGAUGGUAUAUUUUAGAGAGGGAGAAAAACUGUGCCUGCUUACUCCACACCAGGCCUAGUUUUAUAAAAUUCUGCCAUGCCCACGCUCUUUAAAGUCAUGUUUUUACAAAGCCCAAUGCCCCAAAUGCUUUAAGUGUUUCCUUCCAGGGAAGGGGCUCCAGCCUCUUGUUCACAUGGGUUGCCAAAGUGGGCUGGGACCAAAUGAUGGCGGAAGACCCUGCUGGGAUGCUUCAGGGAUGCUAUGACAACAAGAGGGAGGGAGUUCUGCGCGUUCCGAAGCCGGAGUGGGGAUUCUGGACACAAGCCAUUGGGCGAGCUAGCUGUCUGUCGGUCGCCCCUGUGACCUCAAGGCUGGGAACACCUCCCAGCACCCUUAGCAACGGUUGCAGCUCUUGAUGUCAUCGGUGGCCUUGCUGUGCGUGGCACAGUUCUUUGGCAGUUCUGCAGGAAGCCUGGGGAACCCUGCUGAGGUUUUGGUCUUGCAAAGGGGGAGCGGGUUUCUGAAAGCGGUGGAGAGAGGAGGGGGAGAUAUGGAGCGCACAUCCCUGCUUCUCCAGGUCUGUUAAAUGACGGGUGCUGCCCUUGGUCUGUCCAGGGAACAAUCCCAAUAAUGCCUGCCUAGGUCAGAGGCUGGAGAGGGACCCAGCCAGAGGUGCUUCUGCUCCUAAGCUGGAAGAUUCAGGGCAGAUAAAAGAAAGGACUUCUUCAUGCAGCACAGAAUUAAACUAUGGAACUUCCUGCCACAGGAGGCAGAGAUGGCCGCCAACUUGGAUGGCUUUAAAAGAGGAUUAAACAGAUUCAUGGAAGAGAGGGCUGACAAUCACUACUAGCCAGGAUGGCUAUGCUCUGCCUCCACAGUUGGAUGCAACGAUGCUUCUGAAUACCUGUUCCUGCAAUCCACAGGUGCUCAAAUCCUGCUUGCAGGUUUCCCAUAAUGGGCAUGUGGUUGGCUACUGUGAGAACAGGAUGCUGAACCAGAUGGGUCAUUGGCCUGAUCCAGCGAGGCUCUCUUCAUGUUCUUAUGUUCUUAUGUUCUUAACUUUAAUUCCUUUAAGGGCAGGUGAGAGGUCAGUGUGAAUGAUAUUCCUGAAUGCUACCUACCUACCUUCCUACCUACCUAUCUGAUAAGUCACACUUUGUCUUUCAGAUACUCACUUCAGGCAGCUUAGAGGAGGCAUAAAAGCCAUUUAAAACCAAAAUGAAAACAGCAUAGGAUUUAGUUGGAAAAGCCCAACAGCCCCAAAUCACAGCUUCACUGAAUCAACAGCCUCUCACCGAGUGCCUGGCAAGAAGCUCUAAGCCACUUUGCUAAAUGACUGCAGAGCAGGAGUCAGGCAGGUCUCUUUCUGUAGGCAUGGAAAUUCCUAGAAGUGGGGCCAUCUCAGGUAACAGCCAUCGCCACUAGCCUGAAGCAAGCUCCCUCCUAAAUGAGGAGGUGGGGCAUAAAAGAGGGGGCUCCAUAGCUGGCCUCAAGUGGUCAGGACUUCAGAAGAGAAGAAGGCCCAGGGCUGCUGACCAUCUCUCACUUGCAAUAUGAGGCUGGGGUGAUGGUGAAGCUCUCCAAUGGCAGGUCACGAAUGAGACCUGACUAGAAGCAACAUCUUUUGACACACAUGCGUGUGCGCGCACCCCAGAUCCAGACAUUUGAGUGUAGGCUCUGUGUUAGUUGACUGUGAGGAUGUUGCACUAUUGCACAUACUCCGCAAAGUAUGGCUCCCUUAAGGUAUUGCUUUCCCUGUUCCACGGUUGGUUCCCGGAAAAUGCACCAUAAAUCAGCUUGUUGUUCUGCCUGUUGCGGCUUUGCAGAACCACCCAGGUUUGCACCUUCUUCUGCAUUCCAUCCCUCGGCAGGAGAGCUGGCGAAAGCCAAGGAAAUCGACCCCACUGCUCUCUGCAAUGCCAUCCUGGGAAACUUUCCCAAGGCUGGGCAAAGCCCCAGAGACGGCACUGUGGCUCCUUUGUUCUCCCCGCCAGGUUCAUGGAAGAACUGAUAACAGCGCUGGGCUGCCAGCGGGAUAACGCUCUGCUGUCGUUCAACUGUUUGCUGAACUUGGAGGCAAUGUUCAAAUGUGCAGCUGGCCAACAGCGGUGGGGACUGGGGAUUGAGAGUGGAGAACUUAGCUGCUGAGCAGGAUCUGGGGGUUAUAAAAGAUCACCAACUAAGAAUGAGCCAGACAUAUGACAGAUCUUGUGGCAAGGAGGGAUGGGACAGGCGACAGGCCUGGCUAUUUUGGGCUGCGUUAGCAGAAGUACCAUAUCCUCUGUGGGAUGAAGUCAUGGGCCUUGUCCUUCUUGAGGCUGCACCAGCCCUUCGCAUAAGGGCACCGGACUCAAGAAAGCGUUUUACCAAAUUGGAGAGGGUUGCAGAACCUCAGCAGAAAGGCUUAAAGGCGCUUGGUAGCAGAGGCCAAGGGAAGGCUUCAUCAAACGCUCAAGGGAUGUAUGAAAUCAGCAGGCUGCAUAAUAUUGCACUUACUUUCUUUUAUAAAUCAUUUUUAUUAGUUUUCCAAUAAGAACAUCCAGUUAAUAAAUCCGUCAAAUCAUAAUCCAAUAAAUUGGAUUGUAAUUUGGCUGUUUUUUAUUUUAUUUUAUUUUUAAUUGGAUAAUAUUGCACUACUUUCUCUCAUUCCCCUGUGCUUUUUGCGAAAAGACGCACCCGUAGGGCAGCCAAGGUUGUGGUGAACGUCUCAGUGGGGCCAGGGGUGUGCAGUACAUUUUCUGGUGGGUUAUCCUGGCACAUCUUUCAAUCAUUGGACCAAGGGGUGACUUGUCCAAGCGCUGGAUUCAUGUGGUGUUUGUCCUCAGGGUAUCCCCGCCCCCCCCCCAGCUUGGCAAAUGGGUCAGAUGCCUUGCGGAUGUUUCUUUCCGCCAGAACAAAGUGCCGCUUUCUCUUCCCUGCAACCUCAUACUGAGCACAGCUUGUCUGCUUUCGGCACGGCCAGGCCUCGUGGUGUGCCUCCUGCCUCCAGCUUGUGCCUUUUCCUCCCACUGCCCCACUCGUGAUGGGUCUUGUGUUCCAAGUGCCUGUAGCCUUUCUGCCUUUUCUCGGUAGCUGCAUCGUCCGUCCUGAAAUCCAGGCUGUACUGUGCUUCCCCCCCGGCCUGUGUCUAUAAGCACCUCAAAGUUUGUACCGAAGAAAACAUUGAUUUUGUGCCUCCUUCGUGGAAUAAAUAAUUUGCAGGCAUUAAUUCACGUAUUGGACCCCUUGGGAAAUUCAACUAACCUACUGUACCUGGAGCUGCAGCUGAAUGGGACACGGCUGUGGGCAGCCUGAAGAAGUAUCCUCCACCUUGAGCUACCUGUAAAAAACAAGUCUAGAGUAAGAGACUAGGGUGAUGUCCACUAUUUCCAGGAACUCUUCUCUUUGUGAGAGUUUUGUGGGUGAGCUGGGAGUUUGUUAGCACCCUGGCUAAAAACGCGGAGGCUGGGAAGGAGGGUGUGCCAGAAGGAUAAUGAAUUGAUAUUGAUUUAUACAUAAUAGGCUUCCUCUACCUCGGCCCUCCAGAUGUUUUUGGCCUACAACUCCCAUGAUCCCUAGCUAGCAGGACCAGUAGUCAGGGAUGAUGGGAAUUGUAGUCUCAAAAUAUCUGGAGGGCCGAGGUUGAGGAAGCCUGAUAUAUACAGUGGUACCUUGGUUCUCGAACUUAAUCCGUUCUGGGAGUCCGUUCAAUUCCUGAAACGGUUCAAAAACCAAGGCGCGGCUUCCAAUUGGCUGCAGGAGCUUCCUGCACUCAAUCGGAAGCUGCGUUAGACGUUCGGCUUCUGAAAAACGUUUGACAGCUGGAACAAUCACUUCCGGGUUUGCAGUGUUUGGGAGCUGGUUUGUUCAGGAACCAAGCCAUUUGAGUAUCAGGGUACCACUGUAUUAGUAACUUUAUAUUAAUGUAGACAUUUUUAUAUGUACCUGUGAAUUUUUGUAAUAUUUUUUGUUUGUUAUCUGUUGUUGCUUCAGUUUUCUGUAUACCAGUUAGAGAUAUUGAGCAUUUGAGCUGAUUAGACAGCUUGGAAUGUUCACAAAUAUUCCAAAUGUUCAGGGAGAAAACAUUCUUUGGACAUUCAAUCUUCAUCCUUCCUACAUAAAAACAAUUUAAAACGACAGCAGCACGUACAUAAAAUUAAGACAGCUUGAUAGUGCGGAACAAAAUGUUCCUCUCACCCAUUUGCAGACAAUGAAUUUAGGUACAUUUGCAGGGGACAUGCUGGCUUGUGUCGAUUGGAGUUGUGGUCCAAAACAACUCAAGGGCACCAGAUUGGGGAAGGCUGGUACAUAGUAUGCUGUAUGAAGUCACUCACUAGGGAUUGUCAUUUCAGGACUUUGCUUUGCAGGUCCCUCUUUGCAAAGCACUCACACAAUGGUGUGUGUGUAAUAUAAAAAUAUAUAUCCUUUUCCUUUCAAUUUCCUUCUUACCAGUCCCCUCACUUUUGGGAAGCAUCCUCUUUGGAAGUCAGAUGUGACCGUGUUGGAUUUUCUUGGCAAUUGUCCAUUUGCAUCAGUGGUGAGGAAUCGCUGCCCUGUGGUCCAACCUUGGCCUGCCAGGGAGUCCAGUUUGGCUCAUGAGGCCAUUUUCUCCAAACCAUAGCCACCCACCUGUCAGCUGACACCACUGGUUUUACCAGCUGAUGGGUUUAAUUCUGCUUUUUCUGCACAGGGAACAGGAUUGCACAGCCAAAACAGCAGAAUUACCAAAUCCCUGCUCAUCAGAUGACAGUGUUAGAAACUCAGAUAUACAAGCUAAUUGCCAAAUGGCACCUUAAACCUAGUCUGCGGUCACCACCAUGGAAUGUCUAGGUGCCAUUUCCCAUCGCUGGUUGAAUUUAUUGUUGUGGUGAUUUUUAGUCCUUUCAUUUCUAUACCGCUUUAUAUUUUAAAGAAAAAAAUCUGAAAGUGGUUUGCAACACAUUAAAACAUCAAAUAAAACAAUCCAGAAUAAAACAAAUUCAAGCUUCAAGGAAAAUAUUUCAGAUCCAUCUCUAAGUGAUAUUUUGCUUUCUCCAUAUUUAUUUAUGUAGCUGUCCCAUAGCAGAAGUACUCUAGGAAGCCAGGGUGGUGCAGUGGUUAGAGUGUUGGACUAGGACCUGGGAGAUCAGGGUUCAAAUCCUCACAGCCAUGAAGCUCACUGGGUGACCUUGGGCCAGUUACAUCCUCCUAACCUACCUCACAGGGUCAUUGUAGGAAAUAACUAAGGGAAGCGAACCAUGAGGAAUAGUCCUAGUAGAGAAAGGUGAGAUAUAAGUGCAAUAAAUAAGCUCUCCUGCUUGCCUGAUUACAAAAGCUGGAAGGGCCGGCUAGGUGGAGAUGUCAGUUGCCAACUUGGCAUGCAGAGAUCUCCACAUGGUUGCAGUUGGACCUGCUUCACUCGCAAAAUGUGCCUGGCGCCUCGGGAAUUUCGAAGACGGCUCACAUAAUGGCACCUUAAGCACAUCCUGGGCCCGUCUGGCCAAGCACACAUGCACCCAGCUAGUUUUAGUCAGCCAAGAGGGGCAAAGGUCAGGCGUUCACGUUGGCGGAUGCAUUGCUGCUACAUCAUCGUCGUGCCACAGAAACUGAAACUGAUGCCGCAGCACUCGCUCAGAGCGGACAUUGGACACCUCAGCCGAUCCUGCAGUCACUGCGGCAUGAAGGUCACCACAGAAGCGGAAGACUUUGUCCUUCAAGAGUCUUGCAGAUAAUUCACAGCAGACUCCAGAGAGCCCUAUUGCUCUGCCCACAGAUGAUAACAGUCCCUUGAUCCCUCCGUAAAGUUCCUCUGGACAACUGCUUCAGGUUUCAGCGGAGGAAGCAAAAUAGGCCCUUUUUGCUAACCCCGCUGUGGCACAGUGAGCAGACACUCUGGUCAGGCUCAGCCUUUUCUCUCUCUCUACACCCUGGACCCUGCUGUCUCUUCUAGCACAACAUGUGGCUCAUUAUGCUGGCUAACCUUGCAAGGAUCACUGGGAUGCAAAGUAUUCUGAAUAUUUGAAACUUUCUGUAUAAAAAUGCAGAGUCAUCAAAUUCAUAUCCAUUAGGGGAAACAGCAGAAAUUCAUCCUUCACCCCAAAAGACAGUUACAUCCUUCUGUUAGGUGGGGCGCAUGGUACCGCUUGUGUUAGUGCACCUGCCCACUCCCACCAGGGGGCCAGAAACAUGUCUCAUGCUUCUCCUGAUCAUAUAUUAAGAGCCUGGAUUUUCCAGGGCUUGGGGGUCCUGUGUUUUCGUGCAGUGAGUUGGGCUUGGUGGUUUUUGGUUCCCUUCAGACACCAAGUCUGCCUAGCAGACCCCUGCGAAACGCAGAGCAAACUCCCAGUCAUUUCCUUCCCCAAUGACGGGGCAGAAGGGGCCUGAAGAGAUAGACUAUGUCAGCACCAAAAGCAUCUAUUCUGAGCCGUUGCUAAGAAACUGCCUAAUGUCACUUCCCUGAAUCUUCCCCGCCCGGCACCCUUCUGCACUGCUGAUCCAAAAGAAUCAGCAAGCGUUUUCCGCAGCAAACUGCUUCCCCUGGGAUGGCUUUGCCAAAAAGGAUUGCACAGGAACUUUAAGGGAAAGGAUUGUGCCCACCCAAAAGACGGUGGGGGCAAAACCCAAAUCCUGCAGUCCCAAAUAUAUUGUACAGUUUGCAUGUUCCCAUAUUUGCUUAUUCUGUUGUAUAAUUUCUGCUUGGCUUUGGGAAGGGAUGUGGGCUUAUUGCAUCUCUAUUGCAUCUGUUUCAACCCUGAACCUUUAAGGAUCUGGAAGCCCUGCUCAAACUCCCUCUAGCUUCUGGCAUUUUCACCAAGCACUGCCCAAGUUUUCAAAUUUCUGCAGGCUUAAGGACUAGAAGCUUAAAAAAAAAAGCAGAAAAAAGGAAACUGAGAUGCUGCAGGAUAUUCAGUUGUGCAGUCAGAGGAAAUUAUGUGCUUAUUAGGCCAUGCAGUCAUUGAUGUGUGGAACGCAAUUGGCCCUGACUUGGUGGACCGUAUUCCAAAUGUCUGGAGAGGUCUCUCCUCUCUCCUGCCCUUGUCUGAUGCUCCCAUCACCACACACAGUGUGACAAAUGUGAUACAUAAAAAUAAAACUUGCCGUAUUUUUCCGUGUAUAAGACUAGGUUUUUUUUUACCAAAAAAUUAGGUUUAAAAUUGGGGCUCGUCUUUUACACGGGUAGUGCUGAAGGGUGUUUUCUUAACUUGGAGUCCCCCCAAAAAGGGGGGCGUCUUAUGCAUGGGGGCAUCUUAGACACGAAAAAAUACGGCAAGUAGAGUGAAUCCUGGUUUUAGAUAAUUCGCAAUUGUAGGAUCAGGGGCUAGAAGUGCUGUUGAUGUCGUUACAGAUACUGAGGAAGGGUCCUUCAAGAGUCCUCUCGACGUUCCUAAGGAAUUUGCUUGUUAGAGGCCAGUUUGCAAAUCAGGGAACGCAGGACCAAGAUGCUCCAGGCCAUCAAUGCCUCUUAUUUGGUCAGCGCAGGAGAUUUCCAGGGCACCUUAGACGGGAUCUUGGGUGUCUUCACUGCAGCCUCUUGUCUGCUUCUCUUAGGCUGUUCUUCGGGACUUGUUUGCUGCGAGUUUUGUGCAGUUCUAACGACACAGUUUAUGCUGUCAGCUGCACCCAAGUUAAAGCCACACUCCAGAAAAUAAGGCUCUUGACUGUGGCUUCUUUUAACCUUUUGAUGAAGAAAUGUGAAGUGGGUGGGUGGACGGAGGCUUGUCUCAUCUCUCUAUGAUUCUCAGGCUUAAGCAGGCUAUUAAGAAUACAUCUUUCCACAACAGUUUGCUGAUUUCUGAUUCCAACUUUCCGUAUGCUUUCAUGUACAAUUGUCGUUAACCUCUCUGAUACUUUUUUUUUAAUGAAUAGUGGUCUAUAAAACUUUGUGCAUCACUUAUCCGUUCCUUGAGGAUGUGCUGUGACAGAGCCUUACCUGGGCUUCCUGUUCACCAUGUCCCACUUGAGAGCACAUGCUAAAUUGCACCAGAUCCUUCUGCCUCCUUCAUUUGGAGCCCUGAGGUGGUGCUUCAACUCAGUCCUGCUCACGGCGCUCUUCCCUGCUGAGCUGCCAGAGCAGUCCUCCUCGCCUCCUGACCACGUAGAAAGAACCUUGUUUUCAUGUAUGUUGGAACACAGGGCACAGGAAGCUGCCUUGUGCUGAGUAAGACCAUUGGUCUCUCCAGAUCUGUACUGCCUACACUGACUGGCAGCUGCUCUCCUGAGGCUCAGGCAGGGGGUCUCUUUCUGCCCUACCUGGAGGUGCUGCUGUUAACUGAGCCUGGGGCAUUCUGCAGGUGAAGCCCCUGAGCUAUUGCCCUUCCCGGUCUCAUUCUGUCACCCAUGAUCUCAGCUGUCAGUGAAACUUUUUGCCUUGCUUCACAUCUCACCCUCGUUUUUCUUCUUUUCCCCUCCCUCUCUCUCUUUUCCAGGAGAGGUUUGUGGACCUCUACGGGAACGACGCCGCGGCCAAGAGCAGGAAAGGCCAGGAACGCUUCAACAAGUGGCUGUGGACGGGGGCCACCGUGGCCGGGGUCGUCCUUCUCGGCUCCCUCCUGAGCCGCAAAUAGCCAGAGACGGACUCUCCGCUGCCGCCACCACCCACCUCGGCCUGUGCUCCGUCGCCGAGGGACGCGCUGCGCAUCCUGUCCCUCAGCCUUGCGAUCAUUCCAGGGGGGGGUGGAGACGGGGGGUGGGCCUCCGUGUAGCAAACCCCCCACUCUGACCCCAGGUGUCAUCCUCUCCCUCCCCCCAACAACUCACAGACCUCUUUCUGGUGCCUCCUGCCCCACAGACACCUCCAACCAACCCCAGGUUACUGUUCCAAUGCGUAGGGACCUGGAUCCCUCCCCACCUCACCUUUGGGUGCUGUGCCUCCAAACCCCCCACCCCGCCCCCAGGAGCGGGCUUCCCUUGCUCCUUUUAAUCACUUUUACUCACAUUCCUGGUAUUUCGUUUGGUGGUUGAUUAUUUUUUUUUUUAAAAGCCCCCCUAAGGCAGGCCUGGCUCUUGUUUGCUUUACUUCCAGGAAGUGUGUGUGUGUGUGUGUGUGUGUGUGUGUGUGUCUUCUGCCACGUGGGUCGUUUUGGGUUAGCGAGCUCUAGCACUGCAAACGCCUUCCGAGGUCAGCAAGUCCGAUGGAGAGAGACUCCUUUUGUGCUGACCUGCGUGGGAGCCUCCUGCAUGUGGGAGUGCGUUGAGGGUUCCCCUCCCAUGACCAAAGAGGGGACCCUGCAGUGAGCGUAGGAGAAAGGGGUGCCCUCUCUGAGGGACCCCCUUGUUCUGUGGGGCAGUGCUUGGCUGGGCAGGAGGAAGGAUGAGGCAAGUGCAUGGGAGCCCUGGAAUGGGAACAGUCAAAGGCAGGAUCCACUAUAAACCUCUUCUUCCCCACCUAUCCGCCUCCCCUUAUUCCCAGUGGACGGUCAAGAGGGGUCUCAAUGUCGCCGCGGGUCUCAUGUCCAUCCCUUCCGAGCUUAUUUCUAAGGGAGUCUCCCUAGCCCUGUGCUAAUCCUCAGCACCCCACAGGAUGCAGGCCAGUGUUUGCUUUGCACACCUGAAGGAAAUGGAGGCCAGUCAUGUGCGGGGGGGCGGACAAGCCUCUUUCUUUGGAAGGAGCUUUUGGCAGUGAGGACUGCAGUCCAGAGCACUCCCUCCCAUGCCCUCAGUAAUGACCCCCAUCCCCGUCUGUCCUGCUCGACCUUCUGGGGUGGCUGAUAGUCCCCAGUGUGGCUGGGGGGUGGCUGCGCUGGCCCCUUGGGCACGGUCCUGGCCCACGUCUCCGUUUCCCCGGCCCUGCCCCCCUCUCUCGAAAGAGACGCCUCCCCUCCCGUCCUCUGCAAUGAGAAGAAGCCCGUCCUCUGCCGGUUACAAGGAAAGAGCAGGCGCAAGAUGGCGGGGGGGGAGAGAGAGAGAGAGACCGGCUGCCAGGAAGGGAGACGAGAGUCCGUUAGCCGGAGCAGCCUCUGGAAGGUGUUUAUGAUCAGCUGCUAAUUGCUAGGCUGGCUCUCCGGGGACUCUCCCUGGCGGCAGCCCAGAGAACUUCCAGUAAGAGCAAAAAUCAACAGCGUGUGCUGGACCAGGCUAUGCAGAGAGUGUUUUUGAUGGGAAGAGGUGGUUUGUGUCUGUCUGUCUGUGUGUGUUUGUGUUUGCCUGCCUGCCUGGGCGUGCGUCCGCUUCCCCAAGGCUCUGCAGAGAGUGGCAGAAAUUGCUUCUCCCACCCACUGCCUGCCACCCCGAUUUAGCUGGUGUGCGUGCGCACACCAGCACUUUUUCUUCUCCCUCCCUGCAAGUGGGAGAGCUGUGUGGGUGGGGGGCAGCGGCCGGUCUAGCACAGUGGGCUUCCUUAGAGCGGGGAGUGGGUGUUCUAGAUGCAGGGCAGCCCCAGGCACAAGGCUGGGCCUUGCCUGACGGCGCCACCUCAGUGCUUUACAUUCAUCGCCCACCCCUCUCCUAGCUGUGGCCAUGGGGCCUUGGUCCGCAGGGUCAAAGGGGGCGGAUGGGGCACUGGGGGGGCCUUGGGUGUUCAAAGCCAGCUGUGCUCAGAAGCCGCUUCUGCAGGCCACUCAGAAAUGGCCGUAGGGAGAGGAAAAGAAAGCGAUGUUUCCUUUGGGGAUGGGGAGUCUGCUUCUCUCUUGGUCUCUGCAGCAGCCAAGGGAAUUGGGGAGGGGUGGGCUUGGUUGGGGGGGGUAUGCGCAAGCUCCCAUUCCUGGUUCUGACUCGGGGGUAGUGGGGUGGAGGCCCCUCGCAAAAUGCCCGGUCCCUCCCUCUGUGGGUCACACCAUUUUGAACCCCUUGGGUUGCUCUAACGUCAAGUCCGCUUAUGACAUAACCUCACAAUGCCCGCCUGUCCUGUCCGAAUCCCUUGUGCGGCUUGCCUGCCCCCUUUCCCCGCCACCCUGUACAUGCUCGGCUGUAUAUAUCGGAGAGUAGUUUUUAUUCAGUUGUGAAUACAAUAAUACUAUUUUUGUUAACUGUAUGUCUGUAUUUAUGUGUGUUGACUGUGCUCUUCCCCUCCUCCCAGUUAACCUCAUUUUUCACAAAACCGGCCAACGAGGACGGGACGUGGCGGGAGCUGGGCAAGGGAGCGCAGGGGGCCCCCCAUGUGGCAGCGGGAGCCUCCCCCCACCUCGCCCUCUCUGGCCCCUUUGAAUUAAAGCGUGAAUGUUGAACCUGGAGCUCGCCCGCCCAUCCCUCUUGUGUUCAGGCCCCACCUGCACCCCCUAUUAGGAGAAAGAGUUUGAUUUGAAGAUGAAAGUUCAGUUCCACCAAUAAAACUGUGGUGUUUGAAUU